AUGCCGCAAUCCCGGGGCCGGACACUUCGACCGGAUCGCGAUCGGUAUAAAUACGGCCGGUGGUCGUGUAUUCGGAUCAAAAACGAUAUCGACUCCAGUCCGAUACACAUAUCACUUAUCACGAUCCCGCAACCGCAAAAACAACCAAUCAAAAUGGUUUCUAAGGUAAGAUUAUUUAAUUAUACGUUUUAAGCAAAAAAGGUUAGUGACUAAGACGCGCGGUUAGUGAAAAUGUUCUGAUUUUUUCGUAUUAAACGGACGCGGAUUUUUCGCCCGGUGAUACUUUAUUUGAAAUUUUGUUCGAAAUUUUCAACACAUUUUAUGUUUCGCACGUUCACUAUACCAACGACCCCAUCAUGUAUCUAAACCGUGUUCUCUUUCGUUUUAACGACUUUAACGCCGGGAAUUAAAUAUUAAAGAAUCUCGUUUAAAAGGGUACUUAGUUCACGAUUUUAGAGUGGUUGAACAUUACACUAACAGUAGUUGAAUUUUUAAAAUAAAUACUUAAAACUAUAAUAAAAAAAAAAAACCGAUUAAUCGACAAAUAAUUAUCAGAAAAGUCUUUUCGACGCGUUCGGUUUGACAUUCACCGAAUCCGUCGGAAAUCUGAAUAUUUUCAACUCACCGAUUCGUGAACAAAUUUGAUAUUAUUUCUGAUCUAACUACUAUUCUUAUUUUAACAGUCGUAAUCGCAGAAUUCGACAGUUCCUUUGUGUUUUUGAUGAGAACCGCUUACCACUUACGCGAUUUCUUAAUUAUUUCCGUAGUAUUACAAUAGUAUGUUUAUCGAAUUUUAAUUUUUUCGUAAAAUUUCAACUCGCCUUUAUUUACCCCUGUCCGUCACGGACCCCGCAACCCGAAAUUCCAUCGCGAACACCCACCUAACCCAAUCGAACCCCGUUGCCCCCUAGACCUAUUAUAAUCGUAUCUCAUACCAACAAACCCCGUACAGUAUCUACAUAGCGAUUGUAUCAUUCCGUUCUCAGGUCGUUGUUUUGGCUUCCGCCAUGUUGGCCGCCGUCGCCGGUUCCCCAGUGUACCCAGCGCCGGCCUACCCAGCACCAGCCUACUCGGCGCCCGCCUACCCAGUGCCCGCUUACUCGGCACCGAAGGCCUACGCCCCGGAGCCCGCUUACGCCCCGGCCCCGUACAGCUUCGAAUACAGCGUAAACGACCCGUACACAUACGACGUCAAGAGCCAAUCCGAGUACAGCGACGGUAACGGUUACGUCAAGGGAACCUACAGCCUGGUCGAACCCGACGGUUCCACCCGCGUCGUCGAAUACACCGCCGACGACUACAACGGUUUCAACGCCGAGGUCAAGAAAAUCGAAGGAGGAUACAAGGCCCCGUACAGCGCCCCGGCACCGUACAGCGCCCCGGCCUACAAACCAGCCCCGUACAGCGCCCCAGCCUACAAGCCAGCCUACAAGCCAGCUUACAAACCAGCAUACUAAACAAUGUAAAACCGUGUUUGUAUACUAAUUUAUCGUCUUGUCUUCUUUCUGUCUGUAAUUUAUUUUCUUUCCAAUGUAUUUAUUUGCGAAAAAUUAAAAAAAAUCACGUCCGUUAAAAAAAAAUGCAUGUUUUUAUUUUGUUUUUUUUUUUUUACAAAAAAAUUCUCUCCGUUUACAGCUUCCAUUCUAACUACACCCGAAUAUUAUUUUGCCGGACCGUUGGAAAUCACAAUUCAACGUUACUUUCUAACGUUCUCUCUACGUUUAAGAUAACAAAUUUAUCCGUGCACACAAGUUCACUAUUUCGUAACAUUUAAAACUAGAUACAUAGGUUUAUAUUUAAGAUAGAUUUAAUUAGACAGAUAUAGUCAGAGACUAUAUAUGUUUUCCACGAGACCACAAAUCUAUUCGGUCCCUAAGAAAUUCCCGUAUUCCCGUCUCGUAACAAAUACUUUUACAGUUGUCUCAUCUCUAUCUCUUUCUUAAAUUUUCCGAUUUUCUCCACAGUUUUUACAGUUUUCUCGUCAUUUUAUACUACGCGCCUUACCGAUUUCGUAUUCUACCAUCCCGAGGGUCUUUUGACGGGGUUUUAUUUUUUUUCAAAAUUUCAAAGUUAUACCGUCGUAAAAAUCGACAAGUCGUCGCUUACUACAGUUUAUUUUUAACCGAUACGAUUAAACUCGAAUACGGUUCCAUUUUAUCAAUGCGAUACUAUCGGUAGUGACAUAAUGCAGUAAUACGGUUUAUAACGCAGCGUAUAAAGUGAGUGUGCAUAAAUCCGCGCUGCGGUUUACGCGGUGUCGUGACAUUAACCCACAUUAAAUUCUAGUUACACAUAUUAUUAUAAUAUUAUUAAUUUAUGAGCGAUCCGUUACGAGAAGCGAAAUAAUUGAGUGGUAAUUUACGGUACAGUGGGUCGGCCACUGUUUAGGGUGUGUGAGCGUGUAUACUGCGCGUAUAUUAUGUUAUCGCUGUAUUAAAUUCGAAAGUAAUUUAUGAUUCUCGUAUAUAUUUUAAAAAGCUACACGCCGAGCUUACAACAAUAUUAUUAUAGGUUAGUUAUGCGCGUUUAUAUUUCGCUAAUCGUAUUGGAGGGAGGGGAGGGUGAGGAACAACUACUGCGAACAAAUAAUGUUACACUACUGAACUCGUAUACAGGACGGUUCUUUAAGCACUUUCGCCCCGGUUUUAUCGUCAAAUUUUGCAUUUAUUCAAAUUCUGAUUUUUAGAAUUUUUAAAUGCGUUUAAAGUCGAUAUUUUCGAAUACAUAGAUUCCCACGUUCAGGAGUUUUAUUUUUAAAUAUGUCGGACAUUCGUACAAGACGAAGGUCGAUGCGAGACAAUCGUUUAAUAAUUUUAUUAUCAAAGUAAUACUCUGUGUGCAGGGAAGCGUAAAUGAGGAAGAAAUCGACUGGUUUUCUCGAUCUUUAAUGUACGGAUGUUCAGACGGUCGAACCACCCUACUUGUAAUGGAAUUGUAAUAUCUCUGUAAUAUGUUUAUUACAGUCCUUGAAUAGCGGUGGAUAUAUCCUAGUUCUGAGGGGGGGAUUUUAAAACGUAUAGAGUAUAUGAGGUUUAUUCCCUUCAGUGAUUAUUUCAGACCUUUAUCCCUGGGGGAGGGAGGUAUCGUAAGUUUACAAAAUUUCCUAUGUACCUGUACAAAUUCUUAAGUAUGAAGUUGUAAAUAUCAAUAUAAAGUGGUGAUAAUAUUCACUAGGGGGCGAUCUACCAACCGCCCCAUUGACAUUCAACACUGACCUUGAAGUAUUUUUAUUGCAGACGCAACUAGGAAGGUGCUUGGAGUUCUUUGGCGCCCCGAGUUUAAAAUUAUCACCCUCAAAAAUACUCGAUAAGUUUUUUCGUAGUAUCAAUUAAAUUUUUUAUCCACUUAUUUCAAUAUUUAAUUAACGUAUAACAAAAUAUACGCAACCCACUGUGUUUAAAAAGCAAAGGUAAACAAGUUAUGAUGCAUUUUCGUAUAAAAAUUAUAAAAGACAUUUUUAGCUGCUUAUUAUAAGUGUCAGAAUUGUGGGGCUAUUGCUCCCACGGGGUCUGUGAUGUGUUUAUAGUUUUAGCACCCCCCCCCCUCCCAAAGUCAGUCGUCUAGUUGAGCCUUUGGUUCUUAUCAGAGACGGAUCCAGGAGGUGUUAGGGUUAAAUUGAAAUAAGUCGUUAUUUGUAAACGGUAAAUUGACUGUUACAUUCGGAGAAAAUUGAAAUGCGUAACGUUUUGCUCUCUGAAAUAUUGUUCUCUCUUGAUUGUACCUAUAGGUACAAUUAUAAAGGUGUUUUUACUCUAAAACGAAAAUUAAGUGAGUUCUGUGUAGUCUGCUUAAGUAUCGUGGGUUUUUAAGACGGAAACAACAAAUGCACGAGUGUCAAUCCCAAGCCCGUAUACAGGGGUUAGAGGUUCAACCUCACCCCCCCUUCGAAAUUUUUAAAGUAGGUUUAUAUAUAUAUAUAUAUAUAUAUAUAUACUAUAAUAAAGACCAACUAUACAAGUUUACGUAUUAAAAAUAUUUUGACCAAUCCCCCUCCCCCCCACUCGAAAACUAAUCCUGAAUACGUGCUCGGUCAAUCCAUCUGGAUUAUACGUGUCUAUGAUACAUGACCACGUACACCGAAUGUGAAAUACAAAAAUGAUUCUAGUACGAAAUCUGAGUGAUUCUCAAGACAGUUUCCGAGCCUGCCCGAGUGAGAACGGGAAGAGGAAUGCGCGUGUUUGACCAUCAUAAUCCUGCGAACGGUGGUACCGAUUCGAUAGGCCCGUAAUAAUAUACGCCGCCGCCGGCGCAUCUGACGGUAACGCGCCGCCGCCGCCGCCGUAACCUGGGUCCAGUUAGGCCGCGAUAAUAUGCCGCGUCCGGGAAUAAUACGGUCGUGACCGGCGAGGCGCGAACGCAAUUACCCGCGGCCGCCCGCAGUAUUUCCCGGGCGCGCGGCAACCGCAUUACGCCGCCGCCGCCGCCGCGCCGGGCAAAGUCAAAUCGUACAUAAUACGGCGGUGGCGCACGACCGCAGGGUUCCCAUAAAUAUAUGUAUGCAAUGUCGUUGGCACGGUCGCCUCGCCGCCGCGACGGCGCGAUAUUAAUUACUGCGACGACCCGUCGGCCGCCGCGCGACCGGCCAACGCUCGGGCGUUGAUAAAAUUGAUUGAUCGAGUUUUCGACGGUCGCCGCGGUCGUACGACACGCGGCCGCAGAUAGGUAGAGACGGAGCGGAGCGAAUGAGAGCGAGACGCGGAGUGAGAGUGAACGAGCGAGAGUAGAAUAAAAAAAAAAAAUGAUCACGGUAAAUUAUAAUGUCCGCACUCGAACGAUAUUACGCGCGUGAUGUCGGACGAACAACAAUGUUACACGUACGGACGCGACUUCGGAUUUUUAACGACGCGAAAAACGAUCCGAAAAUACCCUGAAAAAAAAAAACAUAAAAAAAAAAAAAAAAACGUGUAAAAAAAACGGUUCAAAUGUUUUCUACAUUUGAAAUAAAAAUUUCACUCUUGAAGCAUCCGUUAUAAUUAUCGAGUUAUGCGAUUGGAAAACAUUCUUCGGUCUACCGCCCCUUCCAAAAAAGAAUCCGAGAAAUCAAUCCGGACCUCGUAUACAAUAACAUGCUGUAACAUUAAUUUAAACCCGGUGCGCACGAUGAUAAUAUGACAGUAUUGCAUAGUAAUUUGCGUUAUCCUUUCCGAAAAACCGCUUGGUAAAUAGAAAAUAUCCCUCGAUGGUUAAGCAAAAAACGACCACGGACCUGUCACGCGGAUUAUUGCGUGUCCAUUGUAAAAGCGUUAUCGCUGGAUUUCGGUCUACCGAACGUUGAACGUUAUCACUAUAGUUUCAUUAUCAAUAUCGGACAACUGGAUAGCGUAACGAAGUUAUUAUGACGCGAACUCGCAGAAAAAAAUACGAUAUUUUACGGUCGUUACGCGUCCCCGUAUAGCGUUCUCGUCUCCGAGCGAUAGGUAAUUCGAUAAAUCAUUUUGUCAACCGAACGCAAUAAUACUCGUCGUUUACAGAUGACGCGACGCGUAAUUUGCAUUCGUUUUUUUAUUUCUUCUUCGUCACUGUAAAUAUAAGAGGACUUCAUUGUGAUAUUUAAACGACGACGACGACGAUGGGUUGUGUAAAUGCGCAUUCAAAGUUCGACGCGGAUGUUCGUCAGAAGCGGUUUACUUUUGUAGGAAUCGCUUAUAAUAAUAUUUCAAUGGCAAUUACACUGCACGUAUGAUCUCUCAUGAAUAAUACCGCAGAUUUUUUAAAAAUUUGUGGAGCAGUUUAUUAUUAUCAUUUUUAUUUUUCUUCUCCGCGUUUUAGCUAAAGCGAAAUCAAUGAACAAAAAAUUAAUAAUAGUAUAUAGCUAAACAAAUUGAUACUGCUCGCGGUGUAGGACACUAUUGAAAUUGGGUCGAUGGAAAGGCGGAAUACAGGGGUUAAUUUAGUAUGUAUACUAAUAUGUAUAUAUCGUUUAGUAAAAAAACUAAACGAUAAAUCAAUCAAAACGAUUCUGAAUGGAGUAAUAUUAAUAUAUGUUAUAAAAUACUAUUAAAGUCGUAGUUAUUCGCCCCGUUUCCAAUGUUAUUGAACAUUCAACGAAAACGUCACAAAUAUAAAUAUGUCAUUUUCACACAUAUGUAUUGCCAUUUGUUGUUAGUUUUUUUGAAAUUCUAUAAAAUAACUGUUGUGAAUCUAGAUAUUUUAAUUGUUUUCAUACAAAGUACUACAGGUCGAAAAUUCCGCAUAUUUUAAGAUACGAUGCGAAUCGUUCCGAAAAAGAACUUGCGGGUGAAAUUUCGAAAAUGUCGAUAAACGUUUUCAAUAAAGUACCACCGAAUAGAAACGCCACAUAUUCUGAUAUAUAAACCUACCCGCCGUGGUAAAGACUCGCAGGUAAGAACGCGUUCUAUAGUUGAAAAUUAACAAUCGACCGUUUUGUGUAAAACGUUGCGAAACCGUUAUGGUAGUACCGGUGCUUGUGACAAGAACCAAUGUCAAAUUAAUUCGAUAGAAUAUUUUAUUUGUACACCGGCACUGGACGAGUGAUAAUAAACGCACCUAAAUCCGCAUCCGGGUAAUUUAUCAAGGUUAGUUGUACGUAUCGUUUAACCGCCGUGUAUCUAUACGAUAUUUUACACGGAGUCACGAUCGAAUUAUCAAUAUUAAAUUACAAACAAAUUUAAAAACGUUCUCCAUAAAUAACCGUGGCGAAUGUUGUUUUAUCGUGGAAGUCGUUUGAACAAAAAAAAAAAAAAUAAUAAUAAUAAUAAUUAAGUUAACGGAUUUUCGAUAUUUUUAUAGUGCCAUAAAAACGGCUCGAUAUGAUCAUAACAAUUUUGCGGACUUUUGUGAAGCCGAAAAAUGUGUAUCCGAAUAAAACGACGAGCUGAUCUUUAUGACGGGUGUGCCUUUGUUGAUGACGGGAAGUUGGGAAGGUAGGAUACAUAAAGUUAUACUCAACGAUAAUUUAUUGCAUAGUUCGGUUAAACAUAUUUUGAAAUAUCGUCGUUUUUUCGAUUCACGCGAAAACUUGAAGUUAAACGCUUACAUACAAAUUCUACAUUACGCUCAACUUAUUGUUACGGCGCUAACUAUAACGAUUUAUCUCGCGUGAAAUUGUCAAACGGUUUUGGUCGGCCGAAGGAAUAUUGCAUCCGCAUAAAAACAAAUAAAGGAAACUAAGGAAAAUUGGAAUGUGUCAAAUAGAUAACGCGAAUAAACGGCAGGAAAACCUAUUUAUAUCUAGACAGAACUAGCAUAAGUUUGUUUUUAUUGAAUUAAAAAACCAAUAUAUUGACAGUAACAGUCGUACGAUAACUUACUGUUAUCGUUAUCGAGGGAUAAUAUUCUCGGUUUUUCGAUAAUUUUUUUAAGAAAACAGAUUUCGCACAAAAUGUAUUAUCAUUAAGAGAAAACCGCAAGUGAAAUAUCAAAAAUAAAUCGCCUUUUACCCACGAUUUCAAGACGAAAUUCGCCACCGUAACCUCCCGCGAAGUAUCGACUCGGAGUAAAGACGAAAAGCUGUUCGCAUAGUUAUACAGAGACAUACGAAAAUAAUAACCGAGUAUAAUUAAUAUUAUGGCAACUCGUCGUUUGACCGAACCGGGAACGUUAUCGGCUGUCGUUCCCGCGAAUAUUUCGCACUAGUGACCGGAGUUAACCGCGCAGCGUUUCGAUAAUUGGGUCAAACGAUAAAUUCGCGUAGGUAACUGUUGAAAACGUGUGACGUAAUUAUUAUGUACCUACUUACAACAUUUCAAGACCAACGUUUUUUUUUUUUUUUUUUAUUUUUUUUUUUGCGGCGUGUUUGUCAUACGAUAUUGUUACCGAUAAAUUGCGCGCCACUUACACCUAAUUAAGUGAAAUGACUCGGUGCGCGCGAGAGACCGUUAAAAAAUCGACUUGUCCUCAUGUUCGACCGCUCUUCUCUUGUAACGUCGGCCGAGACGAGAGACACCUACACGCUAUUUAAUAUCAUUCUGACGACGCGUUCCCACGGACUAUUCCUGUUUUCAUCACCGAUUAAAAAACAUAAAUGCAUAUAUAUAAUGUAUGACAGUGCUAAAAAAAAAAUCACAAAUCACAGAGCUCUGCGCAAUAUUAUAUUUCACGGGCGAAUUGCAAAAAAUAACCGGUGCAGCUCCGUUCGAAAAAAAAACAUGAUAUUAUGAAACUGAUAUUGUUAUUUUUUAUUUUCGUAGGCCGACUCCGGUGGCGAUAAAAUAUUAGAAAAUUAAAUAAAAAAAAAAUAAAAAAAAAAAAAUGAAAAUCUACGCAUAUCUCCGCGAUAAAAUAAUAUACGAACAAAUGUUAUUUAAUUAAAUGUUCCGCGAUCGUAUUAUAUGAUAACGUUUUCUGUUUUUUUUUUUGGUUGUUUUUUUUUUUUCAUUAAAAAGAUUUGGCUGAACGAUAAAAUACAUAAAUGGUUCCGCGUUUGUUCAGUUCGAAAUGUAUCGUAUGUAGAAAAAAUAAAAAGUCACGUAUACUUAUCAGUUAUCAUAAUGUAUCGUUAUUAUUUAUUUAUGACGAAUAAACAUCGUUAUCGACAGAUAAGCUGUAAUAUUAUUAUCGUGGUAAAUACAAAACUAUACUGUAUGUGCAAUGCAAGACUUGGCGAAGUCAUAACGAACAGAAUCGGCUCAAUCAAGUUAAAUUAAUUUAAAAAAAUAGUUACCGAAAGUAUAAACAUGUUAAAAGUAAUUUUAUCUAGCUAGCCUAUUCACAAAAAUGUAUAUGUUAGUUUUCAAUUUUUAGAUUUUGAACUGAGCGACGAAUGGAUUGGUUUUACAAUGAUGUUUUUUUUUUUUUUUUUAUUGCGUUCAAAAAUUCUACCAGAAAUUUUGUUCCGAAUUAUCAAGUAUAGCACUUUUUCUCAAAGGGAAUUUUCCUGGGGUGGUACUUUAUAGAAGUUAUUUCUUGAUUUAUUCGGGGGUUUUCAUGAUAAACGGGAAAAACCGGAAAAAAACGUAGGUAAAAAAUAUCGUCAAAUCAAAACGAAGAAAUUUAUAGAGAUUUUAUACGAAUAGAUGUGCUCAGUAUAAGUCAUAGAAGCAAGGUUUACAAAUCGUUUUGCUCUUCAACGCUCGGUUUCCGAGUAAUAUUAUCAGUCUCGAUACUUUUUGAUUAGCCCUCGUAUAUUAUAUUUCCUUCAAUAUCCUACAUUCCCAACUUCUUACAUACAAGAGUGGUCCACCCAUCAUGGAAGUUUGUCCAUCUUUUUUAUUUUUAUUUUGCACACUUAUGUUAUUUUUAUAGUAAAAUGAAUCGGGAAUUCGUUAUUCUUAUUUUUUUUAAAUAUAAAAUUAUAUAACCUUUAUAUACUUAUUUUAAAUUCUGAAUUCAACGCACAUAAUUAAGUUCAGCAGCAAAACAAUUUUUAUUUAUAUAAUGGUAAAUAUAAAAUAAUUGGCGUAAAUGUGUUUUAAAUCUAAUAUUGUGUAAAUGGAAAGAAAUCGAAACGAUCUUAACGCGAUGCAAUUAAAAUAACUUGUUUUGUGUAUUUAGUUAAAGCAAACGAAAAAAUUCGAAUUAAAAGAUAAUUUAGUGAAAACAAUAGGAAAUGAAAAGAUUAAAAUUAAACCAAACUUAAUUUUUCUCCUCAACUAUUAUAUGCAAUGCAUAUUAUUAUAAUACAAUUUUUUUUUAAAAAAAAGAAAGUUAUUAGUUAAUUAAACAAAUAAAUUUCGCGUUUACCUACAUAGUGAAUCGGAUUCUUACUCGUUAUAAUAUCUCAGCGGGCACGCGGUUUUAUGUAAUAAUAAGGAAAUUGAAAUUCAUUUUUUGUUUUAUCGUGACGAUAUGAUAACGGCAAUGAAAGUUUGUACGGUACGGAAAUAUUAACAAUAUUACAAGGCGAUAAAUCUCCGCAGCAUAAAAAAUCGUACACCGAAUUUAAUACUCGUGUACCGUGAAAAUCUAAUAUGCGAGAGAAAUAAAUCAAAAUUGUUUGAUUUAUUAUUAUAGGCAAUGGAAUUAAAAUAACCGACGGACAUGCGAAUAUUGCGAUUUAUUUGGCUUACAAACGAGCGAUUUUUUUCCUACCAAUUUUUAGUGUUUUUUUUUUGAAACCUUUUUUCAAAAAAACGUCUCUAUUAUUAUUUCCACGUUUAAAACCGUAACCCAAUAAUAUUCUUUGGCCGAAGCUGAUUACUUAAUCAUCGCGUUUCCGUCGUAAAAACGUACCACGUUGUUUGCAAAUCGAAUCAUCGAAGUCAAUAUACCUCCCACAUUGAGCCCGACGCCAAAUCAAGUUUUUCUUUAACUUCUUGUAUAUACUUCACGAAUAUAAUUAUAAAACCAAUAUUAACUUAUGGUUUUGAAGUAGGAAUAAUUUAUGACGGUCCGGAUUGAAUAUAAAUUAUGAGAAAUUUUGAGGAUAUAGUACCUACCAAGAAGAAUACUUAGACCAGUACUAUAUAUAGCCGGUAUAAGAGAUAAACGCGAAAAUAAAGGAAAUUACCAAAGUAUUUUAUAUAGCAAAGUAAUACAUUAUUUUAUACAUUUCGAGCAUUUUAAACUAUUAUCACAUAAAUCGUUUUCGUCGUCACUUUACUGCGGUAGACGUAUAAAAAUAUCACAAAAGUUCCUACAAUUUUAAAAUAGGACCCAACUCGCAGACAAAUCCACUACGUAUAAUAGGCAGCAUUGUAUUUUUGUUCCUUUUGAAAAUUACGUUUAUCCAACGCAUAAUAUUACGACGUAGGUAUACAUAAAAGAUAUAUUUUUUUUUCAUGUUAAUACAUAAAGAGACUUUUAAGUAUACAAUUUACAAGUAGUAAGCAUGUUAGCGUUAUUUUCGCGUCAUGCCCGCAGAGGUGUAAAAAAGAUUUUCAAACGAUGUGAACCGAAAUGCGUGACCCCGCAAUCCUUCCGGUACAGUUAACAAGAACUGUAAGUCAAUUAAAACCGCGAAUACCUAUAGUGCCUUGGUAGUCAAAAGUUCAAAACGCGCGCAUUGAAAUUCGAUGAACCGAAUAAAACACGCGUACAUCGCAGUGAUGUGUGAAAAAAUUAAAGGAAAUGUACAAUUAUUUGAAAUAAUUACAUUUUAUAGACGAUAAGAAAAUGCUUAGGCUUUGUAGGAUACUGAUUUUUAUAAAACGUUCUAGCUAAGACAAAAUAUUGAUCGAAGUACAAAACUCAUAAUAUAAUAUACGCGUGAGACGAUUGCAAUGGGCUUGACACGCGCUUGCGUAUGCAUGAGCCAGAAUGACCAGUGAUGAAAUUGGUGAUGGAGUGGAAUCCGUUUGGAAAAAAACUUCUAGAAAGGUCCGGAAAACGGUAGAAAAAAAUAAAUAAAGGAUGUGAAAUUGUUAUUCUAUGGCGGUUCAAAAUGGACAGAAACAGUAAUGGAUAUAGAUAAUGACGGAGGGUUGGACGUGAGAUGUGAUGGUCUUUAGAGGCCUAGGAACUGAAUGAGAAGAAAAAAGAAGAAAAAUGAUUUUAAAACGAACAAAAAACGUUGAAAUCGAGCGACGACAGUCUAUUAAAUCUUAUAUAUAUUUUCAUUUGUGCGAUAUUUAAUUAAACAUUAACAACAGCUUUGCUGUUAUAAACGAACAAACAAUGCCAUUUUUUAAUAUUAUUAUUGUACAGAACCUUGGGCUACUUUUUUUUGACCGUAGUUAUACAAAACAGACGAUAUUAUAAUAAUAUUAGUGUAUCAGUAUAUUAUACACAUAUGCUAAUUAUUUCUCGCGGUGUUAUUGAUAUAUUUUUAAAAACUAUUUAUCUAUUUUAAAUGGCCGAUAGCCUUGGUUUUCGAUAUAUUAUAUUAUUUAUUCUGUACACUGAAUAGAUGACUAAACAUAUUUCAUGUACGAGAAUAGAAUAACCCUAAGAUUUUUACGAAAAUUUCGUUUAUUUUGUUUUCGCGAGCUUGGUAGAAAUAAUAUACGGUUCUAUUGAAAGCGGGGUACGUAUUUGUUAAUCGAAGAGUAAAACAAUGCAAUACCUACUCGUCGCGAUGGCUCAUUCGAAUAAUGUAGAAAACCAGCCCACCAGACUAUUCUAACCAGCAUAAGACACUAGCUCUAUUUUCAUUUUCUAAUUUUUAAUAACAUGUUACGUGAAUACAGAUUACGCGGAAACCAGACAGAAAAAACAAAUAUCCCGAGAAAAACUGAAACAGCGGUGAAGUGACCAUCUCAAACUCCCGGAAAUAAGAGAUGGACAACAACUAAGAGGACUCGGGGGCACGAAGAGAUGUAAUAUAGAAAUAAGCAUAAAUUAAUAACAAUAUCAAUCUAUUAUAAUACAACGUUAUGCCUUGUUUUGCUAAAUUGUUAACGUUACAGUUAUACGCGAAAAAUAUUACAAAAUAAUGUUGAUUUCCUUAUUAAAAUGUACACAGGAGUUUUGCUAAUCCAACGAAUUAUUAUAGACGUAUUAUCUUAUGGUCAAGGGAAAUAAUAAUCGAGAGAUUUAAAUUGAAUUUAAUAAAAACCACGUAUUCGUUAAAUUGUUAUGCGUUAAUUUUUGUUGUGGAAUUUAGAAGUAAAUUUUGAAUAAAAGCAACCCAGCAAAGUUAAAAGUUGCAAUUUUUUGAAUAAGUGAUGCGUAUAAAUUCAAAAAACUUCCUAACGAUUACCGGCCAUAUUUUGGUUUUCAUAUAAUAUUAAACAAACAAUACUGAAAUGUCAACCAUUUAAUAAAAUACGUUCAAUAAUUAUUUAGGUCUAUGGAGAAUUUGCAAACGGAGACGUUGAACUUAUAAUUUUGAUGCUUUUCUAAGGCAAUACGUUACGUUAUACAAAAUAAAACCAAGGGAAUUGGUAGGGCAAAGGACACGUAGCUUUAAAAAAAAAACGAAAUAUGCUUGCACUUAUGUACUAAAAAUAGGUUCUAAAAACAAACGAAUAUACUUCGCACGAUGGGUGGAUCACUUUUGUAGGUGAGAAUUUGGAUGGUAAAGUGGAAAUUGAAUAUAUAUCUGUACGCAACGAUUUUCCAUUGCUGACGAAAAUCGACUCUGAGCCGGACUCGGUUAUACACGUAUUCAAAGGCUGUUAUAUUUACGAUUUGAAUCAAAUAUAUUGAUCAAAUUUAAUAAGUGAACAAACAUCAUUGUAAAACCAAUAUAUUUAUUCCUCGUUUCACUCAGAAUCUAUAAUUUAGAUGAAAAAUAUUUUUUUAUUAAUUUGAUUAUAGUAUGGUAUAUAAAUUAAUUAGAUUGAUAAUUAUUUUUCUUGUUUUCCAUUUUUUAAAUUAAACCGUUAAUAAUAGAUUUUAAAUUCUAAGCGGAGCGUGGAAUGUGUUGGUUUUACAUUGAUGUUUAUUUUUAAUUCUUUUUUCUGUGAACCACUUUUCUACCAGAAAUUUUGUUUCGAUUUUCAAGUGUAGCAAUUUUUCUGAAAGUAAAUCUAACUGGGAUGGUACUUUAAGGAAGUUAUAUUUUGCUUUUCUCAUGGAUUUUCAUAAUAAAUGGGAAAAAUCGGGAAAAAACUGGAAAAUUUACGGAAUUUAUUAUUUUCAAAUCGUAAAUUUUACGGCCUUUCAAAAAUGGUAUAACCAAACUCCGCUCAGGAUCGUUUUUCGUUUUGACCGCGCAAAGUUAAUAUGCGAAUACUGGAAUUCCUCUGCCUACUUAUUAGGUAUGUAUGUAAGAAAAAAAACAAAAUUUUAAUAACAAUAAUUAAUAACUGGUCGCCAUAUCAACCCAAUCGAAAUCAACUAAACAUUUUAACUUUAUUAACUCGUCGAUAGCCUUGCCGUUAAUAAUAGCUAAUAUUACAUAUAGUACUAUAUACAGAUAUUUCUAAACUAGAAAUAAUAUAGACCAAGACCAAUGCGGUCCAGACUUCAAUGCGCGCGCGCUCGUAUCGCUGACGAAAACAAAAUGUCGACUUUUACACACGACUUAAUAAUAAUGACGUGUGCGUAUUAUACCUGUCUAAUAUAAUACAGGUAGCUGCAAUCUAUAUUCAACAGCUAUAAUAAUAAUAAUAAUAAUUGCUUUUUUUUUUUUUAUGUCGAUAGGUCGUCGAUUCUGCUACUUACAUGUUUCGCUGAUUAUGGUUUACGACCUUCGGCGAUGUCGGGGUUUUUUUCUUUAUUAUUAUUAUUAUUAUUAUUAUUAUGUUCGAUCUAAUGAAGUGAUAUAACUUAAAAGAUGAAAAAAAAAAAAAAAAAAAAAUAAAACGAAAGAUUCGAAAGAAGCACGGCGCGAUCGAGAGUGAAAAUGACGCAUAUGUCUGAUAUCUGUCGCUCGUCCAUUAGGUCAGAAACUAUGAUUUUUUUUUCCGUUUCGUCAUCUACGCGCGCGCGAUGUAAAUGCAAUUCAUAAACACGCCGUGCGAAUAUUAUACACUUAUAUAGUACGUACCUACGCACAGAAAUUCGCAUAAUAUGUUUUUUAAUAAUAUAUAUUAUGUACGAUUUCGGGUCCGCGAACCGAUUUUCGAGAGAGACAAAUAAAGGUCAUGCGUCGUUAAUAAUAUUAUUUUAAAUGGGUACGCGCUGUCCGACCUUGCGGGUAUUACACCGGGUGGAUUAUUAAUGGCGACUUAACCGCGCAACGUACACCGGGGCAACGUAUUACAAUACACUCGACACAGAGGUGUUUUACUUUUUUCUUUCCCGUCGCCCGAAAAUUUCGUUUAACACUUGCAAUAGUAAUACGGUAUCCGGUUAAACAUGACCCCCCCCUCCGAAAUUUGGUCAGAAGAUAAAACAAAUUAUUAUAGAUAAUGUGGGUGGCGAUUGUGUUUUUUUUUACAGACAUAAAACAUGUAUAGGUACAAUAAAUAUUGUGAACAAACAGUGAUAGUUUUUUUUUUUCGGUACCGGUGAUAUUGUCUACAAAAUCCUAAAUAUUAUUAUCCGCUAUCGUAACUCGCUCAAAAUAAUCUCACUGUCUCUUGUAUAGCUGCAGAUAUCACAGUUGUAUCGUUAUCGUAAAAAUGAUUAAUUUAGUGAUGAUAUUUGUAAGCAGAGAAAAUCUCAAUUUUACACGCUAUUUGCGUGUAUUUUGUUUCGAUAAAAUACCGAUAGCUGUACCAUAGUUUCAUACAAUUUAAUUUUGUACAAAUUUAAAUUGUUAGUUUAAUUCCCAACAUUUUCGAAUUUCUGAAAUGGCUUAGAUACAUAUUGGUCCCAAGAAAAAAGGGCUCAAUAUUCAAUAUUUUAUAGUUUUCAAUACAUGCGAAUUACAUUUUGGAAAAACAUUUACUUUUACAAUUAAAGUUAAUUAUCAAUACACUACACACAUUCAUUUUUAUUAUUAUUUUAACUCAAAUUGAUUCUAAAAAAAUAAUACUUGACUCGAUUUUACUAGAUUUAAAAUAACCAAAACUACCCUACCCUAAAAUUACAUAAAACAAAAUUAUUUUGAAAUAAAAAAUUGACUUUAGCCCUUCAUCCCUAGAACUGAAGAUAUCAUUCUGUAUCAAUCGUAAUCAAACAUGGUAUAUUUACACUGCAUAAAAGAUGCGGAUAGUUCGUCUGAUGGUACAUUAUUUGAAAAAUAUUUCGAAAUUCCCAAUAUUUUUUCAAGAAAUUUCUGUUCGUGUUUUUUUUUUUUUAACUUUUAGGUUACUAAAAUUGCUUCAAUUUUUUAAAUUAAAAGACAGGAAAUUUUCGGCUAGAAGUAAUUUAUUUGAAGUCAAAUGUAUUUAAAUAUUAUCGAUUUACCCAUAGGUAUUUUUUUUUUUAUAUUAGCAACAAAUAAAGAAAGACUAAUUACUGACUACAUUGCUCCACUCAGAAUCGUUUUUACGUUUUUAAUGAUUUAUCAUCGCAUACAGCACAGCAACUAAAUUUCCCUAUAUUAUAUUAUUAUAGCUACCUUCCAAACUACACACACCUAUAACAGUGGCCUGUUCACGGUGCGAAUUAUGUCCAUAUGUUAUGAAUUAUAAUUUGCAUAAAAAGCAAAUAUUAUCGAGAAAAAAUCAACCCUUGGAGGAGUAAGAAAAACGCGUGAAAUUGGGUUUUUACUUUUAUUAUUUUUUUCAUUGGAGUCUAGUCGUUUUAUUUGAAAAUAUUGUGUUUAACAUACUACCGAUAGCCCGUAUAAUGGCGUAUAUAAUAUUAUUAUAGUUUUCGGUUCGGCUCACGUGUGCAGUUAACGGUUUUUACAAAACGCAUGCAUCCGAGUCGUAACUCGCGAUUAUAAUAUUACAAUACGACCAUUUCGGGUUUACCGAUUUAAUAAUAUAUUUUUGUACUAGAAGAACGAUAAAGUUCGAGGGAUUACGCGAAUGAGUAUGCACAGUAUGUUAUUGGUGCGUGUGUUUCAUAAACUAUACUGUAAUGUCUACGCCGUUUUAAAACGUGAGUAAACGUUCCACGUUCGCGUGCGGCAAUAAUAAAAUAUAAAAAACAAAUUAUUGUUCAUACAAUGGAAUCCGCCGCUUAAAAAAAUAUGUAAAAACAAUAUGUUCUCCGCCGUAUCGAAACUAAGUAUGAAUUUAAAAAAAAAAAUGUUAAAAACUUGGUAAUAAUUUCGAAAAUUGAUGUUGAUUAACUGUAAUUUAAUUCGAAAAAGAUGAUUUUAUAUCAUCGAAAUAAGGAAUAAAUCAUCGUACAUCUAUCAAAACAACGUACUCGGGGUAUAUUAUUGUAUCAUUCAAAGUGCAUUUUCGUUGUUCCGUGUUUUUGAAGCCAAGAAGAAAUCAGUAUUAUGUAUACUGUUCCAGAUACAUCGUAUUUAUACCUUAUUUUUAAAAACCAUUACACGGACUUGCCACUGAUGGAUGAGAUUUUUCGUUAAUGGAUACAUUUUAAUAUUGAAUCACUCUCGAGUUAAAAUUAAACGGACAAAAAAUAGAUAACAUGUUGAGCAUUCGUCAUAAUUCCAUUUUAUCUUAUUGUAAGAUAACAUUGUUAUAUAACAAUAAUCCUUAUGCAUUUUAAAGCAAUAAUAAAUCAAGGUACCUAUUCCAAAAAUGAAUCAGAAAAACUUGCUCAUCAGUUCGAAUAUAAAAGUGUUAGUAAAUAUUUUCUAAAUGUACUGAAUACAAUGAAUAAAAUAGGUAAUUAUUGCGUUUGAAUUACUAAAUUGAUUUAAAUUAACAAAGUUUAGGCCUGGAAAUUUAAAUAAAAAAAAAGUUAAUAUUUUUACAGUUAUGUUUUUUUUUUCAAAUCGAAAAAAACUUUAUUGAUUAGUAAAAAUACUCAGAUUUUCUCAUGCGGUAUCUAAAAAGAUGGGCAUUUUCACUUGAUGAUACUCUACUAGAAAGAUUUGUAGAUUCCCGACAGUUUUUCGACAUUUUUUUUUUUAAACCGUCAACAAAUAUAGCGAUGCAUCUGAUUCGGUACUGUUGAUUUCUGUACCGUUACUUUGGCUACAAUGGAAAAAACCACGAAUAAUACUAAAUAAUCAUUUACCGAGCUGAGAAUUGUUGUUUGAUUGCGACGAUUUAACUUUGAUUUCAGCGUUAGACUAAUUAAUAAUAUUAUAACAAUAUUUCCUAUCACAAUACAUACAAACGCCGCCUACUCGCGGUUCGAAGUAGGUUAUAUGUUCGUCUUCUAUACAUAUUUAUUGUUUUUAAACUCAUAUACAUUUAGUUAUAAUUAAUAUUUGUGAAAAUAUACAUAACCAAUUGUUAAAUUAUGUAUAUUUUUUAAACUAAUCGUGAGCAAACAUUUUUUUCGCCGCGUUCGUAUUUAUUAUAGCCUGAAGUCGUGUCGGUUCGACACGUCGAAUCGAUUGGCAUACUGCGUACGAGUGCGUCUAUGUGGUUAAAUUUCAAAACUAUUAUUCGUUAUUAACAUUCAAGUGCGUUCUGGGGAUUUAUUGUUCUUGUCGUCGCUUAACAAUAAUAUCAGUAUGUGCUAUUUGUCGGCGUUUUAAAUGUUUUAUUACAUUUGUUUAAAGUUAAUACUGCUCACGGCUUGGUCACUGCAGUUAUAGCCUUACAGGUGGGUAUAAUCGCUAAGAUAGGAUAUACGGGGGUUAUCCCACGAAAAUUAUUGCGUAAAUUCUGUUUUUUUUUUUUUUUUAUAUACAUUUAAAUAAUGAACAUUGUUGUUAUUAUAUUCAUUCAAAAGCAGGGUUCGAUUACCUAUUUUGAUUAUCUAGAGAACUAUCCCAAUGGGUAUACCUCCGUGGAGCACCUUGUACAAGGUAAUUUAGUUUAUUUUCUAUAAAAAUAUUUGAUGAAUCAUUUUAAACCAAAAAAAAAAAAAAAAACGACUUAUUACAAAGUAGUAUGAGUCGUGUUUUUGUCCAAAAUUACUCAGAAAUCUAAACAAAGAACAAAAAAAAAAAAAAACUAACAUAAUUCUGGUGGUGAAAUACUGAAAAUGUCGAUAAAUGUUUUAAAUUAAAUACCGCCGGGCAGAAACAACGCGUUUUUUGAGGUAUAGUGUGAAACAAACGGAACAAAACCAGCAAAAAGUGUUUGAAAAUACAAUAAACACGAAAAGCGACUUUUCGGGAAAAAUAUUGAAAAUGUUUUCGCAUAAAAUACCGAUGAGCGAAAACUCCGGACAUUUUAUGGUGCGCCGUGAAUAAAUCUGAGCAUUUUUACUAACCGGUACGCAUGUUUUCCGAAGGGGGGAUGGGGAAGUUCGCACAUCUUCGGAAAUCUCGGUCGUUAUACUCGGAAUCUAAAAUAAUAUUACGACGCGUUGUUUUUAUCGCACUCGUCACGGGUGACCGUCAUUGUCAUAAUAUGAUAUUAUGGAAAACUCUCGCGGCCACAACUAUGUGAGUGUUUGAUGCCUGUGCACGGGCGUACCGCGUUCACCACGAGUAACGCGAAAGUAUAAUAGGUGCAUUUUUAGUAAAAGUGAUGUUAAUGUCAAGGUCGAGGUCGUGAAAAUAAUAUUAUCCCGGAGGGGAAAGCGAGAAAACAAAAAUAUAAUAAUGGUUAUGUUAUGUCGACGGCGGCGGCGGUGAUCAUAGAAAAAUAAAAAAAUUGCUUAAAAAAAAAAAAAUGAUGACUUGUAACUCCGCGUAUGGGUACCUACCUACCUAUACAUAAAAUAAUAAUAACUCGUUUAUAUUAUAAAAAUCGAGCGGCGGCAGUUUGGUCACAAUCUAAUCAAUUUGCGAUUAAUUACUGAUUAUAUUAUUAUCGUCGUAUCGAGGAUAAGGACUCGGAUCUUUAGCCCCGAACCGCAACAGUAAUAAUAUAAUGGACAAGGGUAAACGCUGCAAAAGAGUGCACAGAAUAAAAAUGUUAAUGUCCUUCGUCGACGGUUACGACGUGUGCACAGUAAUUAUUUUUACAUAUACACUAUACUCUUUUGAUCUAAAAAAUAUCGUAAACAUUACAUUAUUAUUUUUUUUUUAAUAAUCGUUUUUUUUUCAGUCACCCAACUAAGGGUUUUUUUUGGGUGUCCGGCUACACCGAUAAAUCGUAUUUACGGAAAACGCAUUUAUAGGGAAAAAAAAAUUCCUAUUUAUUUGUAAUUUGGAGGAUUUUAAUUAAACCGAUACCUUCCUCGAAAAAACCCAAGUAAACCUCCAGUACUUAUCGAACUAUUUAAGAAGAUCGUAUAACUAUUUAAGAAGAUAUACGAGCUUUGUUGUGGCGUUUGGAGUCUAGUAUAAUAUUCACGGGCGUUCUUACGACAGGAUUUGGAGGAUGGAUUUCUCCAUAACGUUUUUGCUUUUUUGUAUUUUUUUUUUUGUUCAUUAGGUAUCAGGUAUUGUUAUACUAUUAUUAUCAUUUUUUUGUUGUAACGACAUCACGCAUAACUGAUAUUUAAUAGUAAUUGAUAAACCAUGUUUCACUUUUUAUCAUUUUCUACAUUAACAAUAUGUGUCGUAGUAAUAAUAUACGUAACACAUAAUAAUUAAUAACAACAAGUAGGUAAGUGGUAACAUAGAACAAAUGAUAUUUCAUCUAUUCUAUGGUGUUAAUAUUGAUUAAACAUAAUUAAUAACUACGUUCAACAUUUUCAACUAGUUGUCAUAAAAAAUCUAAGGAAUUCGAUGACGUAAUCGAUAAAAUAAUGAAUAAGGGGACAUUAUUUUUCUUAAUUUUAUGAAAUUUAUACCACCGUCUCAGUGGGUCAACAUUACUGUUAGUCCUCCAUUAAUACUGAAGAAUUUCUUGAUACCUUGGCUCGAACAUCAAGAAAAAUAGAUAGGUCUUAUUUCGUAAAUGUAUGCACUAAAAGAAAAUAGUUUAAAUAUUAAGUAUGGUAAUAACUAUAUAUUUGGUAUGUAUUAAAAUUUAAUGUAACUUGUAAUUUUAUUGCGGUUACUUAUUUUACAUGCUUUGUAAAUUUCUUCGUGAAUUUUCUAUACAAAGGAAAGAGAAUCUAAAAUAAAAUCUCCGUGAGAUAAACGGGAAUAAUACAAUUAUACAACUGUUAUUUAAUGAGAAAAAAAAAAUCUUAGCGAUCUAAAAUAAUGAAAUUUUCAAAAUGUAUUUUGGGUCUUUUGAGUUUUUUUUUUCAAUUUACAGGAAUAUAAUAUUUUUUCGGACCUUGCAAAAACGCUCGAAAAUGUUGAAAGAACGUAAGUAUUAAGGCAGUAAAUUUUUCUUAUGGAAGUAUAGGACGUAUCAUAGAAAAUCAGUAAAAACAUAUCAACGUUUACAGAACUAGAACGAAACUCGUAAAAAUCACGAACAAGAUAGUAAUACAUUAUUAUUUAGAGUUGAAUACUAUAUAAAACAUUACGUUCAAUUUAAAUCUAGAAAAAAACCCAAACUCUGUUCAGAAUCGUAUUUCGAUUGUAGCGAUUCGCGAGAUUUAAACUAAAUUACCUUACGAUAGUAUUAUUGUAUCCUAUAAUAUACAAGGCACUACAUUUCGGACUUUACAACAACUAAUGCAGGCUUACUCGUUCAUAGGCAGUCGUUUCGUUUCAUUAAUUAUUAUUGUUUUCUCGACUUUUCUCCGGGUCCGGGUUAAAACGGGUCGAACGCAAUAAAUGAUGCAAUAUACGCAGGGCGUUAGUGGGAAAUCGAAGAAAAAAAAAUACGGUUCGAGGACAUGCCGGCCGCACAAUGCGUGUGAUACCGAUUAUUAUUGUUGUUUUUUUUUAUUUUUUAUAUUGGUGUUUAAUUGGUGCGGUUUAAUGCAACGACGCCGGUAUAUAAAUUUAGGUAUACCGAUAUUCAUAUAAUAAUAUGAUGAGGUUCAAGGCUCGUGAUACCGGAAAUUUCGUAACACCGGACCUACGAUUUAUACGUAUCGAUACGUUUCGGAUAAGGAGAAAAAAAAUCGUACACAGAAACCGCGACUGUUAUUUUAGGUAUAUACCAUUAACCGAGUACGUACACAGGAUACAGAGUGAUCGACAUAACGUAAAACGCUCAUUAUCUCGGAAAUUAUUGACUUUUUCGUGAAAUUUGUUUCAUAUACGAUUAAUGAAACACGUCAUGCAGCUCUACAAUAUGUUUGUUUUUUGUCAUACUUAUACACUUAUUUUUCAGGGCGAAACAACUGCAUACUUUUGAUUUUCAAACAGUGACUCAAAUUAAAAGUUCCAUAAAUUCGCGGAGGUUUAGACAAAUGUCGGCGUUGACAUUUUCCGUCAAUCCACUGAGGGUAUAUUUCCACUUUGAGUUUGACGUUUUAUGAGUAUAGUGGAGCACUUUAACAUUCAAACGCCACGAGCCGAACAGCCGUACAAAAUAAUGAAGUUCCACGAUGAUAUUCUCUUCCGACGCAAGAACCGUCAAACUUAAAAAUAAAAUAUCACGUAAACGGAUUGACGAAAAUUGAAAACCUGAACUCCAACAUUUUUUUAAACUAAAACUCCGUCUAUCUAAUUCUGGAUUUUCGGAAAUCGAAAGUAGACAUUUAGCACUCGAAAAAAAAAGGCGUUAAAAAAUAACGGUAAUUUUAGAGCCGUUCGUUUUAUAAUACGAAUUCCGAAAAAAAAAAAAAAAAAAAAAAAAGAAAAGCUAAUUGCGUUUCGAAAUAAAAAGCGUCUUACGUUGACUGCCCUGUAUACCUGUAAACGGCCGUGCGUUACGUAUGCAUUGCGAAUAUCGUAUAAUAUUCUCGAAUAUUUACGAAUAUGUAUGUACAUGUAAUUAUUAAAAUAGUCGUCCGGUAAAAAGAUAUCAAAACAAAUAAUAUAGUCUCGCGCAAACCGAGAACGUUCGAACGCCGCAGAUCAAAUUGACCGCAGCGAUGUAUGAUAUUAUUAUAUUAUAAUCAUAACCUCGAAAUCCACUUUGAAAUUACUGCAAUAAUAUUAUAUAAUUAAUAAUAAUAUAAUUUAAAUGUACCUACCAUUUUUUUUUUCAAUUAUAAUUGCAUAGCACGUACGUGUAUGCAUUUUACGAAAUUAAUAUCCAGUUUAUGAAAAAAAAAAAAAAAAAAAAAAUUACUUCCCGUACACACGGAGAUCAUCAUCAUUAUCAUCAUCAUCGUUAAAAUAAUGUUUACCAUUUAUCGCGUUAAAUGAAAUACGUGUAAUAGAUACUUGUUAAUAAUAUUAUACAGGUAGGUAUUGUAGAAAUGAUUCAUAUUUAUUUUUAAAUCCAAUUAUUUAUAUGUUUUUUUUUUUUUUUUUGUUUAUAACCGUGAAAACGAUCUGUUUAAAAUUGCAAUAAUUAUAUAUUGGUAUUGGGCGAUUUUUGUUUUACAUGUAUGUACAAAUUGUUCAGGCAUUCGCGUGUAACGUACCUAUACGUAUACGUGUAAUUAUGAGAACAGGAUCAUGACUCAUAAUUACGAUUUUGUUAUAUAAUUCAGCGGCUCUGCAGCAGACACGAUCGAAAUUAUAUUCCGACACAAUGUGCACACGGUUUUUUUUAAUAUUCAUUAGUGAUGGCGAUACUAAUUAUCGUUAUAAAUUAUAUUAAUUAAUACAUUAAUUUAUGUAUUAUUUAUAUAUUAAAUUAUAAUUAAUUAAUUAUACUAAUUUUAUUAAAACGGAGUUUUAUAUGAUAGAACGCGAUGGAAAAAAAACAAACAUUAAUCGUUGGCUCGCGAUAAAAAAAAUUCUUGCUUUUUCCUUCCAUUUUUCAAACGUAUAUUUUAUUCGGUUUUUAAUGCGCGUUUUUUCUCUAACUGAUUUAACGUCGAUGCCGCCGUUUCAUUAUUUAGCGAGAUAUUCAGAAAGUCGAAAAAGUGCCAUUAAAUAUAAUUAACUUAAAACGUCGUCACCCAAAACAAUAUUAUUAUCGCUUGAAUCCCAGACAGCGUUUUUUUUUUCGUCCUCAGAUUCCGCAGGUGAUUCGAUCGCGGUUAAAAUAAUCGACAUCUUUAUUUUGAAAAAAAAAAAAAAAAACUUUAAACAUUUCAUUGUAGUCAGAAACCAAUAUGCGAAACAUAAAUUACUCGUGGUGUCUUAUAAAAAUAUAAUAAUAAUAAAAAUAACGUUAAAGGUGCACAUUUCGUGCGCCUAACAAACUGCGUUGGCUUCCUCGUUCCGCUCGCGGAGUCUCGAUAUACGGAUAAAAAAAAAAAAAUGGUCGGAAAGAGAGGUCGGGUGAAAUUUUUUUUUUACCAGACUCGUUAUAUUACUAUUCACUAUCGGUUAUUAUAUUAUAUUAUAUGUAACAUAAAUAUGUAUAGUUGCAGCUUUCUAUAUACCUACACGUGAGUACCAAACGAGAUGGCUGUUUAAGCGGCGAUGCAGUAUAAUAUUUUAUAUAUGUUAUGCGAUGCAGUUGCUCCCAUUUCAUAUAUUACAUUUUUUGACGAUAAAAAAAAAAAAAAAUACCCGUAUAACAGUUGAGUUCCGUUACUAGAGUCAAAUUUCUCUCCUCCCCCGUCUUUUUCUUGUAAAAUAACGAAUAACCGAAUACUAUCGUACAAUAAUGCAAUACCAUGUACCGCGGUCUCAGACGAUAAGGUCAGGGACACAAGGCCUAUCAAAUGUUGUCGCUUAGACAUGCAGUUUUAGUACCCACCUAUUUUAUCCGUUGUUUCAAUAGCGCGACGAGCGUGAAUUUGUACAUUUUGUGGUUGUAUUGAAAAAUCAUACCCAAUCAUAAUUAAUCGAAAUUAAAUAAAUUAAUAAUUAUAAUGUUAUAUAUUUAAAAACACAACAUUGAAUUGAACACAAAAUUCGUAUAUUUUCGACGUUUAAAUAUAUUUCGAUAAAGUUCAGCAAUAAUGGAAGCCGUGAUGGCUCGUUUGGUAUCAUACGUUUAUUUGUUUCCGCGUUGGUUUUAUACUUUGCACAACAAUAGAUAUCACUUACACCUUAUCGCUACUGCGGCCACGUGACAAGACGCUAUUCUCUGAUUGGUCAAUGUUCAAAUCCAACAAGGAACCAAACAAGGAAAAUAGGACAUGUUCUAUCACGAAAUUCAGCGCGCGAUCGCGCAGUGAACCAAUUACGAGAUCCAUCACAGCAUCCAGCAGGCAAUUUACAGUAAAAUAAGCGUUAUGUGCGGUGGGUUUAAGACCGUACUAUUUACUAUAACAUAGUACAAUACUAUAGUUAUAUUGUAUAUCAAAUACUUCAAAAAAUAUGAUUUAUCAUAAAAACAGUGAGAACACAUCCUUGGUGCUAACUUCAUGCAUGUACAACAUGUUUUCGUCUCCAUGGAUUCGUUUUGGACGGAUAUGUAUUGGGUUAUCCAACAGUUCAACAUUAACACAAUGCAACUGAAUAGUGAUAUUCAUAUUGAAAUUCAACGAAACUUUUAUUAUUUUAAUCGGUUUAUAAAAUAAUUCUAAUUCCCGAGUUUGAGUUCAUAGGAUCGACCACAGAGCAAUGCUAAAAGUUAAGCACAAGUAGGUAGCGAGAUAAAGAUAAACACUUACGGUGCAAACGCCUAUAUGUCCGUGCAAAAUUCGACCGAAAAUCGUAUGUAAAUCAAGAUUUUACCACCCCGCUUGUCGUUUCGGAUUUUUAUUCAUUUAAUUUUUUUCAUUCCCUGUUUUUAUCGGAUAUUUUACGACGUAUUAUAAUAAUAAAACAUUCGACUUAUGCAUGCAUACAUUGUCUUUGUGUGACCGAACGUUAUACCAAAAAAGGAUCGACCCGGCCGUAGGUAAUGAUAUUAAUAUUAUAAUAAUAAUUAUUGUAUUAUAUACAAAAUACAAAGGACGUAUAGGUGCCUAUAUACACUUAGGUUCAAGGACUCGGAGGUUGCGCGGGACGCAAUAUUCGAAAUAACCGUGUGCGUAAGACAUUUAUAAUAUUAUAAUAUUAUAUUUCUGCGGCGAGGAUAUUAUUAUAAUAAUAAUGUGAGCUGCAGCUGUUGUCGAGUCGGUUAUAAAAAACAUAUUGUAAUAACAAGUACGCUAUUUUCAGCCACGUGCACCUCUAUUCGAUCGCGUACGUAUACAUACCUAGGUACCGCGACCCGUUGACCUAUGAUCAAACGCUCGUUUCGCGUUUAAACGUUAAUUAUACAAAUAUCAUACUAACAAGCUGUAGGCAUAGGCAAUUCGAGUCGAGUCCGUAGGUUUGUCGACGGUACUUUGUUGAAUGGGGGGGGGGAAUAGGGGUGGGGUCAUUUUCACGUGCCGCCCAACAGGCCUUACUAUUAUAGCAGGUACAUUUUCGCCGUCGUUAUUCUGACUGAAAUGCACGAAUCGACAAAAAAAUUCGAAUAUUUUUUUAACAUUUUAUCACGUCUAGAAAAAGCUAGUAUCAUACGUAUUUCGCUCAAAUUGUCCGUCCCUACAAUUAUUUUUAACCAAAUUAAAAAAAAAAAGCUAUCCUAGGAUUAUAGGGACUGGUACAUUCACUGUUGUAGGUGGAAAGUUGGGAAGGUAGGAUACAGAAAUGAAUUUAAUGUACAUUUGUAAGCAACGAUAAACUAUUGUUAACGAAAAAACGAUUCUGAGCAGAAUUCAGUCGAUAGUGAUACGUGAAUAUAGAAUAAAAAAAUAUAAUAUAAAGGUUAUUGGUUAAAAAAAUAUAUUGAAAUCGUUAAUUAUUUUAUUUUAAUAUAACUUGGUCUAUAGUAAUGGUUUUUCAACAAUAUGCAUUUCCAAGACAACAAUAAUUGUUUAAAAAAGAAUAUUUUUAAAUAAUAAAAACUUAAAAAUUUCAAAAAAUAAAUAAAAACGGUUGCCAAUGACAAUCUUGUUUAUAAACUUUUAAACUUUUUUAACGCAAAGAACCAGGUUUUUCUCACUAUCUUAAAUGUUAAUGAGAAUUUAAAAAUAUGACCGCUUUAAAGUACCACCCAGAGGACAUUUACUUUCAGAAAAGGUGCUAUACUUAAUAUUCGAGUAAGUUUCCUGGUCGAAAAAGUGUUUACAUAAAAAAAAAAAAAAAAAUAAAAAUCAUUGUAAAACUAAUACAUUCUUCGCUCUGCUCAGAAUCGAAAAAAAAUGCAUCGCAUAGAAUUUAAAAGCACGGAACACAGUACCAUAGUAAAUAACCAAAAAUAACAAAUCUUUUUUAAAGCAAUAGUGGAGUAAAGCCCGGUCUGAAAAAUGGUAACAACUAUCUUGAUAGUCGGAUUCGUAACUAUCUGUGAUAGUAACUGAUACAAAGUCCUAAAACGAUGACAUAUUAGAGUGAAAAUGUUUAAAAUACAUCAAACGAUAUAAAAGUGUAGAGUUGAUUCGGCUAUAGAAACGUCUGUGAAAAUGCGACAUGACAAUAAAAUUAAAAUAUAUCAAAUGAUAAUGUAGUAUGUUAUGUUCGUACGGUAAUAGAUAUCACUCUCACUAUCUCACGAUAGUAUAACUAUCAACUGUUACGUAUGCAUGAUAAUAGUGAGAUAGUUGUGUUCAUGAUAAUUUGAUUGUGAAUUGUUACUAUCGCCCUGCAAUUCACUAGACCACCAGUUUAUGAUAUAGUAGGUGGUAAUAUCAAUCAUCAUAAUAACAACUAGGACUAAGAUUUCAACGCACUUUGCAUAGUUUUCCAAUGUUUGUCGUUCGUUUGUGAUAGUUUGUAUUUUAGAAUGAGAAUAAAACAUUUUACUUUAUCCAUGCGAAUUUUAAAGUACAAUUCUUUUCGAUUUUUUAACGUAUAAUUCAGAAAUGUUUAUGUCAUUAAAGGCAAUGUAUAUAAUAUGUAAAAUUAUACAUGUAUAAUUUUUAGGACAUUUUCGGGGUAUUAUGAGGUACCUAUUACAUUGUUAGCCGUAUACUAUUCCGGUUACGAAUUCCGCGUCUAUUUAUAAUAAUCACGGUAGUCUGAUAGUCGUGUAUAGCAUGGACCACGCUAAAACAUAGAUUUCGACGAUCGUAACCCGUAAUAAUAAUAAAGAGGUUCUAUAAAUUAUCAUUGUCGAAAAUCGUUAUAAAACGUAUGGUUUUAACUUCAAUGACGACCGGUCGAAACGAAAAAAAAAAAAGUCGAAUCGAUCGGGUUAGGUUUUAGAUCAAAUAAGAACGGACGGUCGAUAUAAUCGUGAAAAAAAAAAAAUGUGAAGUGAUAUAAUAUACUACUCUGAAUUUUACUUAAACUAUCGUUACGAGAUUUCUUUAUAAUAUAUUCUAUACGAGUAGGCCAUUCAUCUGCCGCUGCCGUAAUUUGUCUUCAGGGUAAAUACAUAUUAUUUUUCUUAAUGGUUUCGUUAAAAAAAAAAAAUUCUGUAAAUAUUAUUAAAUCUUUAGUGUUUGAACCUUCAGUGUUUGAGAAGGGAAUAGUAAAAUAUACAGGUCGAGUUGUAUAGUUCAGUUACCGGGCGAUUUGUACGUCUUCGCCAAGAGUUUCAAAAUGUGACUUUGCUUAUGUGAUUCAAGUGAAUAAUAUAGCGUUUUUACUGUGACCUAUGCAUUAUUUUUAAUUUUGUUUUUUUGGUCUGUCCGUGAAAAAAAUUUUGACCGAGCGAAUAUUUCACCGUAGCUUUUCUCAUAGCGUUUUAGGUUUUAGUUGAUAUGUCGAGAGUUUCAUUUUUUUUUUUUUAAUUUUCACUGCAAUUUUUUGUUGUAAUUCGCAAAGAGAAAUAAUUGUAGAGAUCGAAAAUUUUCUACCGGAUACACAUGGUUAAAAAUUCUCAACGUGUUAUAAUUUCUAAUAUAUUUUGGCUGUUCUUGAGUUAUUUGUAGUAUAAAUGAAAUCUAUUCGGUUUUUGCGGAUACAAUUUUUUGACUUCGUAUAAAUACUCGAAAAUUUCGGUACACCAUAAUACGAUUGAGCAUAGAAUAUUCUGUGUGACGUUACCACAUUAACGUUGUUGAAAUAUAAUAUUUCCACGUAUUAUCACAACAAUUAUUACGAUACCAAACUUAAAGGGGCCGUAAGCCGAGCCCAGAUAUCCCGAUAAAUGUUAUCCAUAGUACUAAAUAUUAAUUUUAUCCGUAAUAUUCUGACCGUUAUAAAGGGUUAUAGAAGAUAAGUAACUAUUACAAAAUUAUUAUAGAAAUAAGGUGGUAAGCUCAUUAUUAUUAUUAUAAAUGUGAUUUGACUAUUAUUGACUGUGAAAUCAUGUAAUAUUUUUGAAUUCAUACUAUAUUUUGAGUUAUUAUAAUUAUUUAAAUAAAUUUGUUUUGUCUAAUAAUAUAGUUCAAAAUUAAUAACGGCAACAGAAUCGCAACAAAUCGUAGAGUUUUUUUCAUGUUCAAUCGUGUAGGUUUUCUUUUGUAUCUCUAUAUUAGUUGAUACGCUACCAAUUUAUUCGAUCGUUUCGUAAAAAUGGUAAUGCUCAAACAAUUUGUUACAAAAUAUUAGGUCGUUAAUAAAUUAUGAGUCAUUAGUUUUUAUAAAUGAGUGUGUGUGUGUGUGUGUGUGUUUUUUUUUAAAGCGUUACAUAAGUUCGAAAUUUUGACGAAUUUCGUGAAACUCACGAACGAUAAUUUUAGUUGAAUGAAAUAUUAGUAUACAAUUUACAAUUUAAAUUUCUCAAAUAUAAUAAUCCGUUUUACCGAACCCCCUCAAAUAAUUUUCGUAAUAUAGGACGUGCUUUCGCAGCGCUAUUAGCAUAUUCGCGUUCAGCCGCGUACUGUUCGUUUUACCAUUAAAGUGAAUCGACCUAUAAAUAUAAACAUUAUCUACGUCGGUUUAUGCGAGACACGAGCGUGUAGGAAAUAACACGAUUCAAAAAUGAGUGUAUCGAACUUGAACAAAUACAAUUCCUGCAAAAUCCCGACGCAAACAAUUUCUUUGUCUACGCGUUUGAUAAUAGGUCGAAUUCGCUCUUUUAAAACUGACGGCACGUAGUCGUCUCGGCUGAACGCGAAUUCGCCUAGUCACACGUUUGUAAGACGAAAACACCGCACAGUGCGGGUAUCACGUCCUCGUAACUUCCCGCCAACAAAAACAAUAUAGUUGCAUAAAUAUUUGGGGAACAAAAAUGUCUAUUUGUCUUACGGGUAGAGGUAUUUUUUUAUUAUUAUUAUUUUUUUUUUGUGUAAAAACGAACAUAAUAUUAUUAACAAUGUUUUAUCGUAUAUAAUAUACGAUUUGUGUUUGUAAAUAAGAAAGUAGACGGGCGCCGAGCGGGUACGGGGUGUGUAUAAGCAUUAUUUCCCGCGAAAUACAAUUCACGAUUCGUUAAAAGCCGAGACUAUAAAAUCAUAUUAUUACUAUUAUUGUGAUAAACAAGGAAGUAAAAAAAAUAUGUGAAAAUAAGCUCGUAAAAGAAUGUAUUAUCUGCGUAUGAAGUAAAGUUAUGAAAUAUAUAUCCGACUGUAUAACGUUUUAAUACAGACGGGUGUUGUUAUACGAUAGCGACGGUUUUAAUGUCUAUAUAAAUCCAAAAAAAAAAAAAGAAAAUUAUAAGCUCCCCGCGCUGUGUGUACAAUAUUAUAUAACUCGAAAUAAAUAAAAUGUUUUCGAACACAUCGACAGAUAAAUCCAAUACGUUAUAAUAUAUUUAAUCGUCGACAUAAAUAAAAAAGAAAAAAAAAAUCACGCGGUAGUUGCAGCUUGUUUUUGCGCACGAGUCCGGUACAAUAAUAUUACCGUAUCGCAUCGCAGGCCAUAUAGGUAGUAAACGUGUAGUUUUAUCGGUAGUAAAUGGGUAACGUCUCGGUGCGCGGUCGGAAGACCGAAUUAAAUCGUUGUUAGCACAUUAUUAUACCCGAUACCGAAACGACCGAGUAUUCGACGGUAUUCAACAACGAAAAUACAUCGUUUUCGCACAACGGUAAAAUGGAAUAAUAAUCAAUGCCUGGCAUUAACGGGUGAAUAAGUUAAAAUUCAAGUAAAUAUCGACUUAUCAACUCAACAGACUAGUUUGCUAUUUUAAUUGACUUAACUUCAACUCGACUCGUUUGCCUGUAGGUUAUCUUGAAAUCUUACAUUUUUAUUAUUCCCAAUGAGGUAAAAAUAAGUAAACCGGAAAUUAUUUACGGCGCGCCACUGUUUUCCCGAUUUCAUUGUUUUCGUUUAUGUGAACUACAUUUACCACCAGUAAUAUUGCAUUAAUAAAAAAAGAUACUUUUUUUGUUGCAUUUUAAAUCUAGUCACUGAUUAAGAAAGUGUUUUUUUUUUUUUAUGAGAGUAUUAAUCUCAAAUUUUGACGAAAAUCCGCUUCGAAACGUUUUCGUUAGCAACGGUUUAUCGUUGCUUACAGACACAUAUACAUCAAACAACUUUACGUAUCCUACCUUCCCGAUUCCCCACUGUCACUGUUAGCUCAAGUAAAUUAGCUAACGAAAAAAGUUAACUACAAUUCGUGAAGUUAAAAAGUCAACAUUAACCCACAGACUGGAUUUGAAUAUUUAGAUUAAGAUUACAAAUAUUUUAUACGCGAGUAGGUGACUAAUAUAGGUUGGUACAUUGUGUAUUUUUAGUUUUCUUUUUUUAAUUAUGAAAUUAACGACUGACGGUUUGGAAAAAAAAUCUAAUUAAUUCACCCGGUUUCACAUGAAAUGUGUUAUGGUUAUACAUGAAGUUAUAUACAUCACGUUCAUAUAUAAUAUAAUAUUUCCAAUUAGAUUAACUUCUCGAUCGCGCGUAUAUUCGUGCGUAUCACUAUAUUACACGUUUUAUUACAUGAAAUAUGCGAAUAUUAUUCUGCGUAUAAUUUACGAUAUCUGAGUAAUGAUUUUACGGUCAUUUCGUCCGUGGCAAUUUUUUUUUUUUUUUUUUUUAUUAUUAUUUUAUUACUACUUAUAAGCUCACCGAGAGUCAAGGUUGAUAACGAUAAAAUGCAGUUGACUAGCACUACAUCAUAUUUUUAUAGUACACGGCGGCGACGUGACCGGUAUACGUUCUGUUGGAAUACGCGUCUUUGGAAAAAUUCAACGCGGAUUAUUAUAUAGCCGGUAUUUUGUCGCGUCGCCGGUCGAAUCCGUUGACGGGUACUAAACUGCAGUUAGCUUUUUGUAUACUGCAAGGUUGACGCAAUACCAGUGAUAAUUAUCGUAGUUUUAUUAACGGACUGAAUACGUUUUAUUAACGGAUUAAUAGUGUAUACGAUAUCAUUAAUAAAGACGAAAACGAAAUCCGAAGUAUUCACGUCGGAGACCAAAACCACGGUUAUACUUUUACGUAUAACGAUGGCCAUAGUUAUUAUAUUUCAGAACAAUAUUAAACAUAUUACAUUAUUAUAGCCGGUGUUAUGUCCCGCGAGUUGAUUCCAUUGACCAGUAGUUAUGAUUAUAAUUGUAUUAUAUACUAUAUAAAUAUUGACACGAAAUCUUUUUUUUUUUUAUCAAUACACUAAAUACGUUUUAUUAAAGAAUUAAUAACACAAUAAUUAUUAAUAAACACGAAAGUAAAAUCCGAAGUAUUCCGCCGGACAAAGACCGCUGUCAUUUUUACAUGUAGGUAAUGUGAUGGUUAUGACUAUUACAGAAUAAUUGAACAACGUGCGUAAUAUUUUUCGGAUAAUUAGCUAUAAAGAUUAGAAAAAAAAAAAAAAAACCGUUAACAGUACGCAUUAAUAAUAAUCCGAGUUGAACGAGUAUAAAAAUGCCCUUUAUACGUAAAAUAAUUAUUAAUAUCAUGUAGCGGAAUGCGUAAAAUGUAGGAAAUGGGACACGAUUUCAGCGGAUUGAAAAUUUAAGAAAAAAAUUUAAAAAUGUGUAAAUUCAAUACACUGAAAAAUCACGAGGAGCAUUUGAACAAAUUUCAAAAACGAAGCUUAAAAGUCAAGUACGAUUCUAAAAAAAUGCAUUUAAAAUUUCGAAAAGCAGUGAAUCGUAAAACAAUGCGGUAAUAUUAUGCAUGGUAAAUUUGUAUUGUUGAAUAGAUAAAUAGUAUAAUUUUAAUGUCCAUUAAAAACAGAAAUUGUUGAAAAAAUACGGCGAAAAACGGUGAAAAAGACAAAAAAAAUUUGCGUCGAAAACGCCGGAUCAAAUCGAUAUGCAUUGGUUUCCCGAGUAUUACGUGGCAAUUAGACCGUUUAUACGAAUUCAUCUAGGUACGGCGACUUGCAAUAACCGAAAAACAAACAGUAGGGAUUUAUACGACAAACACACAGCCCUAAUCGACACACUAAUUAGGUAUAGGUUUGUGAAAAAACAAAAUCAAUACUGUUGAAAACUGUUUGAAAUACCGACGCUCGCUAUUACCGAGUCUAUACAGUCAGUGAUUUUGUUCCGAGUGAAUUUUACACACACGUAUAGGACGUAUUAUUAUUAUUAUUAUAGAAAGUGUUUGGGCGAAAAUGAAAUAUCGGAUCGGGCUAACCAGUUUGGUGAUUCAGAGAGCCAAAUAUUGUGAAAAAAAAAAAAAAAAACAAUCGUAAUAAUAAUAGUGAUAAUAUAUUAUUAUAACGAUAAUAAUUAUAAUCGUAUAGUUAAAAAGUAAUAUGUAAUAUACCGACGUAAGACUAUGGGUGGUACCGUUUAGGUACAAUUUCGCUCGGGGGAACCCCCAAACUCCCCGCCGGGAUCACGCAACCUCACUGGCGGAUACGCCCUCACCGCCGCGCCGCCUCUGCGAACGGCCGCCACGCCGUGCCCCCCGGAGGGAGCGAAACUCGGUUCUCGUUUAAUAUAUAAAGCGGUCCGUUGUCAAUCAACUUUACUCAGUAAACGUUCAGUUUCAAUACACUCAACAACAAACAAAAAAAAAAAAAAAACUUAUUUACCAUGGCAUUCAAAGUAAGUACUUAUACUUACACACGUAUUACCCUAUACUUAACUUCAUACAUCGCGUUUUAUACAAUGUAUACCUACCGGACUCAGUUUGUUUUCUUUUUUUUUUUUUCUAUUCUUACUCGACGUGCGGUUAAAAAACGAAUUUUUUUUUAUCAUAAAGUUGGUUUGUUUUUUUUUUUUUAAAUAUGUUCACGUUCAAGUCUCCGUUGUGCGUAUAGCGAUAUUUAUAAUGCACAUACGUGUUUCGUACAGCAACGGCUACUAUGUUAUACGAUUCUCAAUAAUAUUAUGUUGUACUUACAAUGAAAUUCGCUAGUGUUCUCGUAAAUCGCGUAUCACAAUAUUUCUCGCUGGAUACUCUCGGUUUUCGUUCUGAAAUAAAAUAUUUUUUUUUUUUUAUUAUUUUAACGUGAUUUAAAAAUUAAAUUAUCGUAUAUUGCUCGUAGUUAUUUUUACUUCCUCGACGUUUUGUUUCUGCGCGCGAAUUCUUCGCGACAUUUUAUUUCUCGUAGUUUCUCGAAAACGUUGUGUACUUAGUUUUCAUAAGUUCCAGCACAAGUUUUGGCCUAGCAGCAUUAUAUACUGAAAUGACCAUUGUUUCCGGAUGAACUUAAUUACUCCUCGACCAGACUAAAUCUAAGCGAAAUCGUCUUUAUGAAAAUAAUAAAAUUGAUUUAGGUCCACGAGAGACCCCGGAAAAGUUUUACAAACAACAAUGGCAAAACGCGGACACAAACGCGAACGUAACCACAAUCGGCGGCUAUUGUGGUGUUCAAUUGUGUAUUCGAAACUACCCUUAACCUAACUUAUCCUGACCUAAUUAGUAACCUUGGUAUAUUAUAGUCGCAUUUCACUAAACUUGUUGGAUUUUUUUUUAUUAUUUUACAGACUGUCACCGUCCUCGCCUGCGUGCUGGUUUCCGCACUCGCCGGUCCAGUAGCCCCAGCCUACCCGGCUCCGUCUGCGUACCCAGCACCAUCCGCGUACCCAGCACCUUCUGCGUACCCAGCACCAUCCGCAUACCCAGCACCUGCCUACAAACCCGCCUCCUACUCGGCACCAAAGGCCUACGCUCCGGAGCCCGCAUACGCCCCGGCCCCGUACAACUUCGACUACAGCGUAAACGACCCAUCCACCUACGACGUCAAGAGCCAAUCGGAAUACAGCGAUGGCAACGGUUACGUCAAGGGAUCCUACAGCCUGAUUGAAGCCGAUGGUACCAAGAGGAUCGUUGAAUACACCGCUGAUGACUACAAUGGUUUCAACGCCGAAGUGAAGAAGGAAGGCACCCCAUCUUACAGCUCCGCCCCGGCUGCCUACAAACCAGCAUACAAGGCUCCAGCUUACCCAGCUGCCCCGGCUUACCCAGUUGCCCCAGCUUACUCUGCUGCCCCGGCUUACUCUGCUGCCCCAGCUUACCCAGCUGCUCCAGCCUACAAACCAGCUUACAAGCCAGCCUACUCCGCACCGGCUUACUCUGCACCAGCCUACCCAGCUGCACCAGCCUACCCAUCUGCCCCAGCUUACCCAGCUGCACCAGCCUACCCAACUGAGUCAUACCCGGCUGCUCCAGCUUACGGAUACUCUACCCCUGCCCCAGCAUACAGCUACUCCACCCCUGCCCCAGCAUACAGCUACUCUACCCCUGCUGCUCCAUCAUACAGCUACUCCACCCCCGCCCCAGCAUACAGCUACUCUACCCCCGCCCCAGCAUACAGCUACUCCACCCCAGCCCCAGCAUACAGCUACUCUACCCCCGCCCCAGCAUACAGCUACUCCACCCCCGCCCCGGCCUACAAGCCAUCGUACGCUGCCCCAGCAUACAAACCUUCUCCAUACAAAUACUAAUGUAAUUCCUUGUAAACUCUAAGAAUCAAAAUAUAUAAAUUAUUGUAUUUUUAUGUAAAUAAAAUUUCAAUUUGUCAUAUGAAUUCGAUGCUUUAUUUUUUUCGUCUCUUCGUCUUCUCGACAACAGAACAUAUCAAAUAGUGGCACUUUUAAUUUGAUUACCAAUCAAUACUGACAAUUGGUCAUUUUAUUUUAUUUUUAUAUUUAUUGAACAAAAAUAUGAAUUUUAUUCAAUUUAUGAUAUAAUAAGUUAAAAUAAUUGUAUGCAAAACAUAUAAAUGUAUCAGGUUUCAAACAAAUUUUAUUAGUAUACUACCUAUCAUGUUCAUAAUAAUUAUGACGUAUUCAUAAUGUAAUUGAGUAACAAUCUAAUUUUUAAUUUUAUUAAAUUACGAGUAUAAUGAAUUUCAGACAAUUUUAUUUUUACGUCAAAAAUAUCAUAAUUAUAAAUACUGCGUGGAAUAAUUUAACCAGAAAACAACGGUUGACAUAAACAUGGAUUCAUGACACAAUUUUUUUUUUUUUUAUAGAAUGUAGGUAUUUUUUUUAAAUUUAAACUUUGUUAAAUAAUAUUGAAAUCAACCUAUACGAUGUAACCUGUACAUGUGUGCUAUAUAAUUAUUAUAAUUAUAAAAACAAAUCUUCAACAAAUAAGUAUUAAAGCAAUUCGUUUCGAAAUAAUAUUAAUUUGAAACAUAUUGCUAUAAUAGUACGUAGAGGUUUUAUAAUUUGUGAAUUGUAUCAUCGUUCAAAACUAUUUAUAAAGUUCGGUCAAUUAUUCGAUUGAUUAAUAGUAACGUUUACAGUCAAUUUUGUUCGAAAUCUUUCAAAUAAAUUACUGUGUAAUAAACGAGACAGUAUAUUUUAUGGUUCGUUUAACUGUUUAUGCAUUCGAAUUUCAUUGUAACUAAUGGAUAACGUACGAUUCCUUGCUAUUUUUUCACAACAACCAAGUCGAAACAAGCUUUGUGCAGGUUAUAUAUAGGUACUUAAGGUACUGAUUUAACGAUGGAUCUUUGAAAUAUUCACCAAAACGCUUACUUUAUACAUUAUUUAUGAAGUGGGAGUAAAUAAUUUAUCUAUUGUAUUUAUGAGAACACUCAGAAAUUAAAAAUUAAAUAGUGAACUUUGUGUGUGGUGUACAGUUUUUCAACAUAAUACAAACUUUGAAGUCUUAAAAACUUAUCACUUAUCAUUAUUUAGGUAAUGACUUAGUUUUAUAAAGAAAAUAGAAUGGAAAACAUUCAAGAAUUCAUAUUAAAUACAAAAUACGUGAUAUUAUUACCUAAUAGUGAAUUGAAAUACAAAUCAAGACAUACGAGACUUACUCAAGACUUACAUCAAGACUUACUCGUAUUAAAAAAUUAUUAUAGUUUUACAAUUAUGUGUGUUUUUUUUUUGUCUUGGAAAACACUUACACAACCAACGCCUUAUUUAGGCAAAGCAAUUAUAGGUAUUUGUCCAGAAACCAUGUGGAUCGUGAUCCACCUACUGGAUAUACUGGAUAAUUAUUUUGGAUGUGCAUGUGGUGCACGAGCACAAGGAAUCCAAAUUCUUAGGACCCCACGUUCCAUUCUAUAUAAGUAUUGUAUUGAAUAAGUAAUUAUCACGAUUGUGUCGAAUUGUAAAAGAAACUCGGAGACAGGCCGUUAAGCAAAAUAAAUUCUCAGUGUUUCAUGCACAUUUCUUUAAAUUAGGUCCUGUGUAUAACGUUUAAAAUAGUAAAAAAAGUAGAUAAUUUACACGAGUAAAAGGGGAAUUAUUUUACAAAAUUUGUUUUUUCACGUCAUACCUUGAAAGAUACAAAAUUUCGCGGCAGGCGGUGUUUCGUUUGAACCGUUUAUCGAACUGUUUGACAAUAUUCAAUGUCAAUAUCCAUUUCUAUGUUUUUAUUUUUUUAUUCUUGUUGAUUUCUACGUUACUUUUGCAACAUGAAAAAAUAAGUCUUGUUCACUCCACUUAGAAUCGAUUUAUUGUUGCAUACGCUAAAUUAUCUUAUACAUUAUCUUACCUUCCAAAUUAUACCCAUCCACAGCAUUGACCUACCCAUAGUGUGAAGUCUGUUCGCCUUUUAUGAAUGAUAAUAUAAACUCAAAAAUAAAAAAAAAUAUGUACGGUUUAUUUUUAUGGAUAAAAUAAUAUUUUAAACAUUAUGUUCAAAGCUAUUGAAAUUUUAAUAAAACACUUUUACAAGUGCCGGUCGUUGAUUUAUUGAUCGGUUAACUAUUUCGAGCGGAUGUAAUGGUGUGGAGUUGUGUAAUCAAUUUAAAGUUACGAAAGCCGAAUUUUUAGAAAUUGUUUGGACGAGUUUUUUUUUUUGUAAGUUUAUUGUGAAAUUGUAUAAUAUAAUACAUUUUUAAUUAAAUAAUGUUUUACACGAGCCAUAUUAGGUGCACACAAAUGAACAAAACGAGUACACACAACUACAAUGUACAAACCUCUUUUAUUAUAAAACCUACGGAAUCACGGUUACAAUUUGUAACAUUAAUUUAUAACUGUAUAUCAUAAAUUGAUUAUAGAUUUUUAGUUCUGAACAAUGAGAACGCUAACAUAAUAGUAAUUUUUCAAGGUACGGGCUACGAGAUUUAUCUUAUACGAACCGUAUACCUACGUUAAUUAUUUCCGAAAGCAAAUAGGGGAAUUAAUUAAAAAAUGUAAAAACUUUUAAUGGUUUUUGUUACAUAUAUUAUACUGUAGGGCCUGAAUUAAAAUGCACCGAGAUCUGUAACGAAAAUAUUCAAAAAUGCAUUUCGACUUUUCGUUAAAUAUAAUUUAUUAUAAAUAUUAAAUGGUUAAAAGUAUUAAAGAUGGAUUUUUUGUUUGUUUUAAUAUAUUGUAUCGAAAACCCAGUAGUGAAACGAACCUAAAAAAAUUCUAAAGCUACAUAUAACCUAUAAGCCAUUACCCGCCAGCCAUUAUUUUUAAGUACAUACCGAUGUUUUUAAAUAUUUUUACCAAAUUAUCAGUAAAAAACAUGAACUAUUAAAAGUACGUGAAAACUAAGCCCGUAAACACGUGAGUAAAAACUUUGUGUUCGCGUAUUUUCAAUACAAGUAAAUUUAUGUUUUACGAGAACAUACGCGUACACGUGCAAUUAUUUACGUCUAUUUUUUAAAUAUGCGGAUUUUAUAUAAUGUUAAUUUCACGUGAAUACGUGAAAGCGUGUACAUUCUACAUGAAAUAUUAAACGAGUAAACUAGUACCUACUAAAAUUUUAUAUUUUUUUUUCACAUGUGGAAUGCUCACACACCCCUUAAUCAAAAAAUAAUCGAGUAGCAAUUGCUUUUCAAAGACCGUUUUCGUUUCUUCACUGGAAAAAAAGUCAAGUCUCGCAGGACGUAAAACGCAAAAAUCAUUAGUAUUCAGCUAUUAGUCAAUAUAAAUAUAACCGUCUGCAGCUGCUGCGAUGACAAAUUAUAAUAAUUAAUAAUAAUAUAUUAUGUUGGCAAAUAGGUGAAAAUUUACCAAACGUCUACGUUGAACAAUAUAAUCGUAAUGAUUGAAUAAGCAGUCGGUAAAACAAAUAAUUGUGGUCGUAACGGUUCUGCGUGGUAUUUUUUUUGAUCGGUCAUAAAAUUAAACUGAAUAAUACACAGGCGGACAACUGCAAUACAGUAAACAACGAGAUUUUAUAAUUUAUAAUGAAUAAUUGAUAAAUAAAUAACAUUCUAAUCGUUUUUUACAUUCGUACAUGGGUGGGCUACUGUUGUACGUAGGAGGUCGAGAAGGUAAUAGAGGAGAAAUUUAAUGUAUAUCUGUAAGCAACGGUAAAUCAUUGCUAACGAAAAACAAUUCUGAGCGGAGUUUGGUUGAUAGUAUCGCUUUGUCAACAACAUAUAUAUUUUAUUAUGGUAAAUAAUUACAUAUGUUAUUAUGUAUAUUUGUUUAAUUUUGUACCUCUUUUCCUAUUUUUCUUAAGUUUUUUCUCGUUUACUUCUGUUUGUUCUCGAUUUUUCCAAUUUAUUGGGAUAACUCUUGAGAAAGGGAAAAUCCAAAAAUACCUACCCCCCCUAAAAUACUUCCCCAGUCAUUUCAUUUUAGAAAAAGGGCAAUUAUUUUAAAUUGGAGUAAGAUUUCUAGCGGAAAAGUUUUCCACAGAAAAAAAAAUAAACAUCUUUGUAAAACCAAUACAUUCCUCGUUCCACUCAGAAUCUAAAAUAUUCUAAUAUUUUGAUAAAUUGCUUGAAUAUUAUUUUUACGAAGAUAAAUUAUAUACACUGAAAUAAUAUGAUAUUAGCGUUAUAAUAUAAUCGGCUACUUUUAGACUUUUUACAAAAUUAAAAAAAAAUACAUACAAUUUUAUUUAUCAGGUACCUAUAUAUUAUGAAAUUAUUGUUGAAAGUAGUAAAAUAUGCUACACGUUCAUAGAUAUCAAGAUGCGUAAUCGAUGUAAUUCAGUAAUUGACUUAUUAAACUGUUUGUUGUUUAUAUAAAUAUAAUUUUGUUAGUUUAUCUAUAUCAUUUAUGUAUGCUAAUAUACUAUGUAUUGCAAAAAAAAAAAAAAAAAUCGAUAUCUCUCUAUGUAGGAAGAAUCUUCUAAUUUAUUUCUAACGUAUACAAUAAUUUUGUUAAUAUUCUCAAUCAUUAUGUAUAUCGUGACUAACACUAUAUAUUAGAUUAUGAAUGAAGCGAAGAAGCUUAUAGUUUUACAACAGUUAUAAUACAUUUUCUGAAAGGAAAUUGGUGUGAGGAGAUAUUUAAAAAAGGUAAUUUUCGAUUUUCCCAAAAAAUGUAAAAACCCAUGAAAAAACAUGGGAAAACCGGCAAAAACGUAGGAAAACUGGGAAGAUCGGUACACUAUUAAACAAAUAUUAUUAAAGAAAAUAUAUAAAGCUUAUUUAAUUAUUUGACUAUAAAAUUACAUAUGUAUUGUUGACAAAGCAUCACUAUCACUUAACUCCGCUCAGAAUCGAAUUUUUGUAAGCAAUGGUUUAUCGUUGCUUACAGGUAUACAUUAAAUUAUCUAAAACAGUGGCUGCAUCCAUUCUCAUUAUCUUAGGAUGUCUUUUUUUUUAAAAAUAUUAUAAUUAAUUAAUCUAGAUAAUGAAACGGCUCGCUUAUAUUGUAAUAUUAGAAAUGUAAAGGUGUGUGUCCGUCUUUGUUGCGUGACAUAGAAAUUUAGACGAGUUUUAUACAACAUUGAUCUAGUAAAGCGAUAAGAAUUCUUGACACAGACUUGAAUUUUUCGUUAAGUCUACUUGAGAUCGAAUUUCUGGCAUUUUUUUGAUUUUAUCCUUCUGUAUAUUAAAAAAAAAAAAAACUAAGUAAUUAAUAAACUGGGAUAUUUUUAUGUUCGGAGUAAGUGAAAUAAAAAAGAGUGGGAGGGGGGAAAUCGAUAUUGAGUGAACUUAACAAAAUAUUUGAAUCCGUUUUCAGAGUUCAUAUCAUUUCACUAGACUAAUUGGCACGUUUGAAUGAAACCCGUCCAAAUCCUUAAGUGACUGGUUGUCCUGAGUAAGACUAAGAUUCAAUCACCGAUUUAAAUCUUCUUAAUGGAUUUCGUAAGAAUGAAUUAUAAUAAUAUAUUAAGAAUAUCCAAUUAUUAUUAAUUUUUUUUAAGACGAAAUUAAUUUCCGUCUAUUAAUCCGCUCUGCUUAGUAUACAUAUAUAUAUAUUUUAUUUUUUUUGCGAAGAUUGACACUUUGAAAAUAUAUCAACGACGACGGGCAGUGAUUGAUCGCCGUGAAAAUCAAAUGAUAAAAUAAUUUUCUAGAUUAAAUCCAUUUCGUUCACUGUUUCGUGUCCAUCAAUUUAAAUAAUAGACGGCAAAUUUUUGUUUAUUCCAUUUAUUUUCCUUCACGCAAAUAAUAUUAUCUUCUAUAGUGAUCAUAAAUUCUUAACGGUUUUCUUAUUCUCGACGAUUAUAUGCGUUGUGUCAGUUCAUUAUAAUAAUAUUCGUCCUUGUCCACGUCGUCCCACAAUUUCAUUGAUCUUUUGACCCGUUUACAGCGAGUCGCAUACUCAUCAUGACGUACGUAUAUACCUACCUAUAAGUAUAUGCUUUGUGCUUCAAAUAACACGUGCACGUCUUGUCGAUUUUUCGGUUACCAAUUAAUGUAGGCACUUAUAGGUAGAUAGGUAUUUCGUUAUUGAUUCGGCUAGUGUUCGUGUUUCGUGCGAGACACUCGGUGUAAAAAGACGAGAUUGCACCUUUGUACGUACUGUUCGACUUUUUAUGUUUCACCUUAUAUUAAUAAAAUGAUUUAUUAAGUACGUUCGUAGAAUAACUGCGGGCAUAUUAUAAAUUGUGGUUUUAUCGAGUUACAGACUAGUUAAAAUUUGUGUUAAUUCGUUUAUAACUUUUUUAUAACUUGACCGGUUAAGUCUGUUUGUGUUAUCAAAUAUUAUACGUAAUAAUUAGCUUUACUAGUUUAAUUUGUUUUACAUGUAAACUCGACUUUGUACAGUUAAUUUGCAUAAACAUAUGUAAGAACAUGACAUUGUCAUUUUGAUAAAACUUGUAGUUAACUGGUUAUAACAGAUCUAGCUCGAUAUAGUCAUCCAAGGAGUUUACAAGCGCAAAACUGCAGUGGCGUCCAGAAAAAUUAACAUUUGUGUCAUUUUCGAAUCGAACAUUUCUGAUUAACCGGCAAUCGUUUUCUUUCAGUCAGAGUAUUCAUUUACAAUUUAUUAUUGGAAUAAAUUGAAUUUAAUCCGGUAAUGUAAAUACUAAUAAUGGUUGUAUUAGUGCAUAUUAUGAUCGAAUAACGAAACUAACAAUACUAGAACGUGCAAUAGCAAAAAAAAAAAAAAAUUAGCCAAACGCGAUUAGAUUUCGCGAAUAUAAAAAAAGAAGAUACAAUCAUAUUUUUUUUUUAUUAACAUUCUCUGGAGGAUUCUACAGUUUCACAGUAGUUUGGAGUAACAUUUAGAUUGUAAAAUAUUUGUAGUUGUUUAAAAAUAUACACUCGAUUUUAACAGUAAACUUUUUACUAUUUUUACCUUUGAUAGCACGAUGUAAACAUUAGUUUAUGAAAAUACAAAUUGUAGGUAUUCAUUAUAGUUAUGCUUUAGUUUGUCUAUUUUGUUUUAAGUUAAUAAUUGAAUGGAACUAUGUAGAAAGCAAUCAUAUAAUAAUAGUUUUAAAACAAGAUUUGAAUAAUACUAUAUAAUACAGUAAUACGCAACAUAAAUAUUAGUAAGUAAAACAAAAUAUCAAACUAUAUAUAUAUAUAAUGUAUCAAGUUUAUGAGAUUAAUUAGUUAUAAGUUUAAACUUAUAAACCGUAGCGUAACUAGGAUUUAUCAAUAGAGUGGGCAUAGGGGUUUACCUCUACAACUUUAUUAAUCUUAUUACCUUUAGCUAAAAAAGUGCAAUGGAUGGAGGGGUUAAAACACCCGAACUCCUCCCUUCCCUUACUGGCUAUUAAAUUGCUUAUAAGUCAUUUAUAACUAAACCCUCAAUCAUAUCCAAAUAUAUAUCAUUCGUAGGAUUGUUGCUUUCCCAACCUCCAAUACAGGUAGUCGAACCUAGAAAAAAAAGUACAAGGACUGUGCUAAAAGAAUUUAUUCGUUGAUUACAAAUUAUAAUACUAAUGAUAAUAAGAAAUUUGUAAAUGGUGUAGCUUUAUAAUUUAUCACUAAAUACUUAAUUGUUUUUUGAAAUUAUUACUAUCACUGAAUAUCCACAUUAUUAGUACCUAAAUACUUAUUGAAAGUCAUUAUGAUUAGAAUCACCUCAUUCAGAAAAUUAACUAUAUUUUCAAUAUUGUGCAUUUUCGCUUAUUUUUAAAAUUCGUUAUUUUAAUUUUCGCGAUUUUUACAUUUAUGUAUUUUUUUUCGGUAUUUUUAACGGAUACCUAAUAAUUGUACCCGCACAUUGGUGUAUUACUGGUUUUUUUUUUACGGUUAUCAUUUAUUAACGGCUCAUAUUUUGUUGUUGUUGUUGUUUAAAUGUUUAGUACGCAUUGCAUCUUAGUUCAUGAUAUAUAAUAUUUAAAGUAUUAUUUUUGUAGGCUUGUAGUAUCUACUAUAUAGUUAUUAAAAAUUUACGAGACAAUAAAAAUCGCCAAUAAUCGCGAACGGAAGCGAAUAAAGCUGAUGACCGACGCAAAAAAAAAAAAAAAAAAUGUUGUUUCAUAACGUACCCUUCAAUAAUAAGUUUUUUGUUUUUUCUUGAUACAUACUAAUCAAUUCGUGAUUAGUUGAAUGACGGUUAACGUACGCGCCUAUCGCAAUAAUUCUUGUUUACUAUAGUUAUUUAUAUAAAUUGAAAUGGUAAACAAAUUCAAAUACAAAUAAAAGACUCCGAAAAAUAUAGAAAGUAAAUCGAUUCCCUGCACCUAUUAAUACGGUCUGGUUAGGUUAGAUAACAUUAUACGAGUUGUGUAUUAACGUUUAAAAAUAAUAUCAUUUCAUAGGAGUAUUUAAAACCAAACUGUUAUAUAAUUUUUAUCGAAAUAUCAGAUGGAUAUAAAAUGUAUAUAUUAUGUCAACAUACAAACAUUUUUAGAACAAUUAUGCCGUCGCUUCGAAUGUUUAUUGAACUAUUCCAAAUAUAUCGAAAAAACUAUAUAAUUUUAAGAUAAUUGGUUGAAAUAAACGACGAAAUAUUACAAAUUACUCUAAUUAAUAUUUAUAAAGAAAGUCGUACGGAGUUAGCGAAUCGCCCUGUACUGCUACGCGUCUAAGAAUCCUAUCAUAAUCUGGGUGUGUCACGAAAUUGUAUAACUGUAUAAGUUUACUAGCAAUACGAAUAUUUUACACGAAAAUGCAGACUUAACAUUUCGAAACCAAGUCAGUUAUUACGUAGCUUUUUGUGUGUUCGUGAAAUUGCCUCCCUCCGCACAUUUCAAUUGAUUCGAUCAAAAUGGUGUUGAAAAACAAUUGCUUAUGAACUGUGAAUAAUAGAAAACUUGCUUAGGCUAAUUACGAAUUCCACAAUUCCUUGUAAAAUUUAUUUAUUUUAAAAGGGGGGGGGAGAGGGAUCAAUUUCGCGCAGUUACUCUACUUUGGCCGACCAGUUUUGGAAUAUCGAAAAGUAAUCACAAAUAAUUUUAUAUAGUUUUUAAAUUUUUUUUUAGAACUUUUAGACAUAAAACAUCUAAUUGUUAAAACGAUUUAUCAGUUUUAAUUAUUUUUGUAAUUUUUAAGUAGCAUUAUUCAACUAAUAUGUUGGAUUGAUUAAAUUGAUAAUUUGUAUAACAUUUUAGCGAAAUAAAUGUUUACUACAGUUAGUAUAUUUUUCCGUUCCUAGUUAUUACUGGGAUUUCGUUUUUUUGGAGGUUUAUCGAAUAGACAAUUACUAAGUUUGUAUUUCAAAUUAAAAAUUCGAUGAAAAAACCAUUAUAUUUCAAUCAGUUUUAUACCACGCGUUGGAAGUUUCAAAUAGAAGAUUAGAUGUAAAAAAUGCGAUUAGUGUUAUCAAUUUUUUUAAAAAAACACUGUUCUAAUCAAUGAAAUGUUGAAGAUUUCAAAGAACAUUUUAAUUAAAGUAUAACCUAGUGGAAAAUCCGGAUUUUUUUAAGUAGGUACGGCAUGAGAUAAUUAGACUAUUUUCGAUGAUUUAAAAAACGUUUUUCGAGAAAAUAAAAACAUCUUAGUUGAACCAACAGCUUAUUUUCAACAAUUGGAGUCUUAUAAAAAAAUUCUGUAUGUUAAACGGUAUAAUUCGAACAAAGUUAUUCCUUGAAAUAUUUCGUUUGACGGUUACGCAGGUGUUUAUAUUAGGUAUUAAACGCGCUCAUAAAGGAAGAGACGAAAUUAAAUUUUCCCGAAUCCGUUUGAAUCGUUUAAUCUCUGUGGAAAUUGUUACAAUUGUAUAAUGUCGGAUGAUUAAAAUAAUAGUAUACACCGGGAUUUAUCGAAACUUUAUUUUCUACGCUUCCUCUGGUCGCAAUGGUGCUAAUAUACCUAGCUAAUACCUUUUGUUAAUUUUCGUUCAGCCGGAUACCAUUAUGGUGUUACGGCGUACGUAUACAAUAAUACUUGAAAGAGUACAAUCGAACAAAGUUUUCGAUAUUACAAUAACCGUUGUUCGCAUUACGUGUUGAUGUAAAAUAACGGCUCCGCGUACAUUUCAGAAUAAAACUUCAUUUAGGUUCCUAUACAAAUAAUAAACUACUAACAAAUUCGACCGACGAGUCUUAAAUAAAAAAAAAAAAAUAAUAAUAAUAAAUUGUUAAAUAGAACUAUAUUAUGGGGGUACAAUCGAGUUUUAAUUAAAAUCCACUAUAUUGAACGGGGUCCGGAACGUGUACGAUCAAAUAUUCCGAUUGAAAUUGACUCGCUGAAUCGAAUGCAAACGAUAGAACGGUCGUUUCAAACACUGCACCGUGUUUAUACAGUACGCGCGUUACGACCUUUUUCCGUCGACGCAGAAAAACCGUUUGACGGGUCCUCGAUAAAAAUGUCCAAUCGAAAUCAUUUUUAUUUCUAUAACGAACCGGUCGUUUUCCUACGUAUACGAAGACGAGUAGUGAUUCACCAUAGGACAGUAUUCCGGAUGUACAAAGAAUAUUCUCGUAAAAUAUUUUAUUAUUAUUAUUAUUUUUUCAUUUUAAUUACCGACGGGAAGUGAAGAUAACACGACAGUGCCGUUUAAAAUAAUAUUCACUUUGUAAUUUUUAAUCGAAAUACGAUUAAAAAAACGAAUUAUCGUCUUAAUACAAUUUGUUCGCGUGCAAAGAACACCUACUGAAAUAUAAGACACGGUUAAAAGCUGCAGUUGAAUGUGUAUUUAAAAAGUAACCGAUAAAGUGCAUUUUGUUAAUAAAAUAUCACUCAGGUACCCUACGUGUUUUUAUUUUUAACUGACGCACCUAUUAUAUUUAUUGCUUUUUAUUUAAUAAAAACGCGUUACAUUAAGACUCGCGAGCAGUUCCUGUCAUUCGUUUUGAUAUUGUAAUUGGUCGUUGAGCGAUGACGAUUAUUUAUCUAAAUUUAGAACUCGACGAUUUUUUGAAUUAUGACUGUUGCGAGUUUUUGACUCAAUGUAAUCAAAAUACGUGUACACGUUUUAAGACUAGUAUGUGCAAAUGUGAGCGUUCAAAUUUUUGACUUACUUUUUGAAAAUUACAGAAUAAUCACCGUUUGCGAGAAUUAUUCUCACAAAAGAUUAUUACCGUAAAAACACCAAGGGAGCGAGCAUUUUGAUUUCGGUCUAUUUUUACCAGUCGUUUAACGAUAUUUUCAAAAUGUCACCCGUUCAAUACGCGGUUCUAAUUUUUAUCGCAUUUUGUAUGAACGCCGCAGUAUAGAUCGGACAAUUGUAUGCGUAUUUUAGUGAUUAUUCUAAAAGUCGUUUGAUUAUGAUUCCGACCCGUUCCGAAUAUUAUUUUAUGGAUUCUAUUAUUCGGAUUGCGCGUUUCAAUAGUAUUAUAACUCGAUACAGGUGUAAUGCGCUCGAUUUUUCAAACAAAUAUUGGACGGCACACCGCGGACCUUUGAUCGAAGCAACGCGGGCCGGCCGUGCCCACUCUCCCCCGGUGCAGUGUACACCGGUUACACUAUAAUAUCGUGUCUUCUGUAUCUACGCACUCGCGCGGGCGCAGCAGCUUAACGAUUGCCUCACCGGUCGAGACCCGGUGUGACCCCCUCGGGCGUGCACGCCGUAGUCGGACCACUGGUUCUCCCGGCCCGGACCGCUCUCUGUGUCGCCCCCCCAGGCCGGGGAGACACCGUAUCCCGGGACCGUAUAUAUACCGGAGCGGACCGUCCGAUCGGCAACAGUCAUCGUCAGCCGUUAGACCAGACCAACAGUUGUAACAGCAUCGUAUUAUUACACUCGUCCGACAAAAUGUCCGCCAAAGUAAGUUUUUUUUUUUUUUUUUUAAACAUUUUUCGAUCUUAACAGCCCUAUUACAACAUCGAGAUAUAGGGUUCUCGAUUCGUGAUUUUCGACCGAAUUUCUCAAUCGCGUUCUCUUUGUUCUCGGGUCCCGUCCAGACCGCAGAAAGCCGAGUUCUUUUUCUCGCGUUUUACAUUCGACGUCCGAGACUCGGGGCCAGUCGCCCGUCACUAUAAUCCGCGUGUAAGGGGGUCUGUAAACAAUAAACUUCCACUGCCUCCCCUCCCCAAUAGUUUAACGAUCGCAAUAAUAUUCUAAUAAUAUUCGAAUACGCGAGAUUAUGGCGCGGCGAUCGUUACUUAAUGACCGUCGCCCGACCGUGCGGCCACACAUGUGACGACGCCCGCCCGGUUACCGACCACCGCGACCGGUUUCCGAUACUUUUACUCUCGUUGACCCAUAGCCGUCGUCGUCACUGCCGUUACGCUUGGUAUACCGUUUCACCUUCAAGGUCGGCCGUCUCGUUGCGGCUUCCGUUUCGGUGUUUUUCGAUUUUUUUUUUUCUUGCCAGACGGGGUAUUUAUGUGUGUUUUUUUGCGUUUCAGUUCAUCGUGUUCGCGGCUUGCGUAGCCACCGCCCUGGCCGUCUACAAGGAACCGUCUUACCCGUCAUACCCAGCCGCCCCAGCGUACCCAGCACCCGCCUACCCAGCGGCACCGGCAUACCCGGCACCCGCCUACCCAGCUGCGCCAUCUUACCCGGCGCCGUCCUACUCGGCACCCGCCUACCCAGCGGCACCGGCAUACCCCGCUCCAGCCUACCCAUCGGCCCCUGCCUACCCGUCCGCACCGGCCUACAAACCAGCCGCGUACUCCGCACCGAAACCGUACGCUCCAGAACCCGCUUACUCUGCCCCGUCCCCGUACAACUUCGACUACAGCGUACAUGACGCUUACACCGGCGACAUCAAGAGCCAAAACGAAUACGCCGACUCUAACGGUUACGUCAAGGGAUCGUACAGCCUUGUCGAACCCGAUGGUGGCAAGCGCACCGUCGAAUACACCGCUGACGACUACAACGGUUUCAACGCCGAAGUCAAGAAGGAAGGCGGAUACCCGGCACCCGCUUACUCCGCACCGGCGCCCGCUUACAAGCCGGCCCCAGCACCGUACAAGCCAGCCUACUAGACGAACCGAAGAUCUCAACCAUCACCACUCACCCUCUAGCGCAAUUCAUUUUACCAUUUAUCACUUCGGACGCGCCGAGUCUCUACACAGGCCUUAGUGCGUCGCCGCCCGUUUCACGAUACAGCACAAUGCCGUAUUAGUAUUUCAUAUUGCUCGAGUGUGUACGCUUUUGUUUUUGUAUUAUUUUUUUUUUUUUUUUCGUAUUAUUGUCAUCUCGAUUGCAUACAAUUAUAAUACCAAAACAUAUGUAUUUUUUUUUGUUUGUAAAUAAACGCCGUAUGUCGAAAUCACACAACUGAAAAAACGUUCGCCUGUCUAUUUAACUAUAACGUUAUUCUGUCGUUUAACACGACUUUCCAUUUCCUACACGUCUCGGGGCGACCGGUUUCCCCGAAUGCGUACCCGGUAUCAUAAUAUUUUAAUCCUACGCCCGGCCGACGUCUAGGACUAUGUUAUACAAUGCGUACAAUAUCAACUUUUACGCCGCGUUGCUUUCCUCCCCGGCGUUGUCCGUGCCGAUUCCAUUAUCCGUGUAACCGAGGAAUAAUAAUAGUAAUAAUAAUAUAAUAAAAAAAAAAUAUUAAAUUUCCGCAUGGUCGGACGCGAAAUCGUGUGUGGCGGUUUCGCCGCCUUUUUGGAGUCGAAUCCGACGAUGAAAAAGCGACCUUCUCUUUGUUUCGAAGGUCAAACGUACGGAAUUCCAUCGAGCCCGGAUUGAAAUCGUGUAGAUUCGAACAAAAAGCUAACAUUCAACGAACUCGAUUCCGCACGUUAUUGCGUAACACUAACUUUUACGCCGCCGUCUAGUUUCGUUCGUUUCGAAAUAAUCGCCACACGUACAUAUUAUUUACACACAGCUCAACUAGUGAAUACGGAUUAAUAGUAAAUCGGGAUUUUUUUUUUUUUUUUUUUUGUUAAUAUUCACAUUUUCAAGCGAGGAUACGAGCGUGCGACACAACAUCGUAAUUUGGAAAUACUUAUACGCGCGUCUGUGAGACGGAGACUACACCGAUCUGUGCUGUGUGUCGCAUACUCUUAAUUGUUCGUUGGACUAACGCAAUUUUCGCGUUUUCAUAGUGCCCAUGUUUAACAUUCGAAAAAAAUAAUUUAAAACGCAGGUACGAGACACGGCAUAAAAAAACAGCAUGUUUAUAAAAACCCAUUUUCGCGCUCGCAGUGUUCAAUUUACGCCCUGAAAAUAAUUAAAGUCCGGACUAGGCCAACGAACGGGGUUAACGGAUCGAGCGCUUUUAUUUAAUGUCGCGCUGAAUCCGGAUUAGCGACAGUGACGUAAAUAAUAAUCUGGCGAACAAUAAUAUAAAAACACGAACCGCCGAGACUUUUGCUCCUGUUUUGUUUUGUUUUUGUUUUUUUUUUUUUAACGCUCGCGAACUUUUAGACUGCCGCCGUCUUUGAAUUCAUGCGCGUUCACGUCGGACGUUAUAAAAUGAUUAUUUUCGCCGUCGUCGUCGGAACUUCGAAUUACCGUCCGGCGUUAGGCCUACACGCGUCCGGCCGAAUAAAAGCAAAUACUAAAUACAUAAAUCAAGUUUUACACGACACUGCGAUUGGCGUGAUAAUUUUUUUCAAUAUUUAUCACGCGUUACACGCGAAAUCGCUUACGGUUUUCGACAAAUGCGUACACACCGACGUUAUAUUGACGAUUUCGUAACCAGCUUUCGUAAUAUCGCCGGAGUACCGAAUUGAUAAUACUGCUGCGCCGAACACAUUGUAUAACAAUAAUAAUAAUUAUUAUUGAUGCAAAUGCGUGUACACAAUCACUAUUGAUGUUUUUAUAGUUGCUUAGACAAUAAUAACGUACGGAAAAGUGAAUGUAUACGGUAUAGUAUAAUGUUUUUUCCGUACGCGUGGGUCGGUCCGAUAUGGAAAAAAAAUUCGAACGUACACUCAAACGAAACGCGUAUCAAUGUUCGUAUUUUUUGAUUUAAAUUCGUUUACCGUACUCGUAAUAACGGACGCGAUUUAGAUUUCGGUCCUGGAAUGGUCUUGGAGUGGUGAAUGGCGGGAACAGCGGGAACCGAAUUUCUCGAUAAAAUUCCAAAAAUGCCCGCCGAAAAAAAUGCUUUUAUAACCUGAAAAUGCCAAACGACGCGCACGUAAAAUUGCUCCAGAAAAUUACUUUGAAAUCAAAAUACGUUCGGAAUCUAAAAUGCAAAGCAAAAACGUCUUAUUCGCAAAAGAACAAGUUUUGUAUGGUAUUGUUAAGUGCAUUUAAAUCUCAGGUCUAUUUUACGACUGAAAAACAUACACAAAUAAUAAUGGCAUGUUUAAUCAUGGUAUUAUUUGUACAACUCAUUUUUGAGAUUAACUUAGCUCGAUUAACAAUUCUAUAGAAAACACUACCGCGGUUAAAGAUGAGGACGCGCAAUUAUUCAAAGGGUGUAACAAUACGACUUUAACUUCGACGUUUUCCAAACGAGUGUGCGUGCGAGCCGAAGUCAUCAAUGAAUGCGCGUCAAAAUAAACGGACAAACCGCAGCUGUCGAAGUCACACGAACAAUAAUUUUCUAAGUCGUGAUAAAGUAUAGGUGCAUAGGAUGUGGUAACAGAAACCACGUAACAUGGGUUCGUUGUAAAUUUCGUUAUUUUUAUUAACGUUUUUGACGAUAUCCUUAACGGCUUCGUGGUUACGUGAACACUUUUAACUAGAUCUCCCUGUUUUACGUACACCAAUUUUCACGUAUUAUCGUGCAAUGAACACUCGAAUCUAUAUAAUCUAUGUACUUGAAAAUUCGCGUAUAUAUAUCACCUAUAUUUACGUAUUUCACGAUAGUUUUUGCGUAUUAUCAAGGUUUAGGACAACGUGUUCACGCAUGUAUUAAAAUUAAUUUCGAAUUAUCUUUUGGUCGUUUCGAACCAAACCCCGAGUAAACACGCCCGAAAUGUCCAGCAGAGUGAAGUAAAAUAUUUUUUUCCCAAGUAAACGGCAGUUUGCUUCUGCGAUGCAAAUCAUAUUUAAAAAUAUCAAGAGCAAAGCGUAAGCGACCCUUUAAAAUUCACUUCGACAGUGUUCCUAUGGUAGUGUUAAAAUUGUAAAUAUUUAUACGCACACAAAACACACACAAAGUUUCAAGGGUUUCACAAGGAUCUGAACUAUCAAGACAAGAAUGGAUAACCUAAACCUUAUAAGGGCGGAACGAUGGCUGAUGCGGAUAUUCGUUUCACGGGUGGAAAACGAAUGAUGACACGGAAUGUGAUUGCGGCGAUUAUACACAAACAGUUCUGCAUAAUAUACUGGACGAGUGUUAUAUAAGAAAGUUCCCAACAGGCAUUAAGGAUAUAAAAAAAUUCUCAACUGACGCCAUCGAAUAGUUAAAACGUUUGAAAAUAAAACGUCUGAGAUUAUAACACAAUCAGUUUAGUUAAUUUAAUUUAUGUAAUUGAUAUUUCGCCAUGUUAUUAUGUACCUAUGCUUUGAAAAAUAAUCAAUAUACUUCCAAACGCUUUUGGUAAUGUUAAAUUGAUUUGUCUUUCUUCUAUAUUUUUACACGGCAAUUCUCCGCGGCCGUGUUCGCGGACAAUUCAAAUGCCCUAAUCCCCGUCCAUUUCUAUUGCAAUCGUUAGAUUCAUUUCCUAUCUUUAGUCGAUUUUUAAAAAAUAAAAUAUUUCUCGGCCGUAGUAGCCAAAUUAAAAUAUCUAAAUAUUAAUAAUAACCGCGCUUUUUUCUAUCCAUAUUACCGAGACGAUCCGUAAAUAAAUAAAACUUUAAAAAUGUUUACAUCUUGCUUAAAAAUUUUAAAUACAGAAAAACAAAAUACUAAACAAAUUAUAGAGAUAAUGUUCUAGUCUUUAGGUUUCAUCAUUGAUCAAUUCACUUUAAUGUUAAUACUAACUGCACGUAGUUUUUCUAGAUAAAUGCAAAUUCAGUAUAUCUUAAGUUUGUAAGAUAGAGACGGCACAGGCGGGUAUCACGUACUUUUAACUCUGUCAUUUAAUCAAUGUGUAUAGGAUAACACGAAAUAUGUUACGUACAACAACAUAACGUUAUAAAAACGUCCAUUUAACAAUAUAAUUUCAAAAAUAUUAUAGUUUUAAUCACAGCCGAGCCUUAAUGCACAUCAAAUUUGCAAAAAAUCUCUUAAAAUAUCAAAAGUUCGAGCCCUGGUUACAAUAAUUAUAAACAUAUAUUUCAGACGGAGUUUGUUGGAUAUGAAUUUAACAUUAAUGCCGACGUAACGCUGGUGGGUAUCACAAUACACGAAUGUAGUGAAAUAGCCUACUUAUUUCGCCGUUGUGUUGUUUAUUUUUUUUUUUUUUUUUAGAUAAAGAUCUAGUCGAUUUAGACCUAAAAGACAGACAAGACUGUUGGAAUCAUGUCUGACGGAUAUAAAUUUGAUGGAAAUAGGAAUUUAGUUUUAAUUUUAAUUGUACUAGUAUUUGAUUAUACAUCAUAUUCACCCGUAAAAAUGAUCGUAUAUUUUUCCCUUAAAUGAGUGUAGAAUAGUUGAUAAGCGGAAAAAAAGUCUUAUUAUUAAUAGGUGGGUCAUUCAAGGAUAAAACAAAAUUGGAAAUAAUAUUAUGAAAAUCGUUUUUAAUCCCUUCGAAAAGUUUGACAACAAAUUAUAAGACACAAGAAUUUAUUAUUGUUUAUUAUACGUUAUUUUUAGAGUUUUGAAAGUUUUGGUUUUUUAAACUGAGCCGUGUUAAAUAUUAAUUUUUUCGAAUUGAGUUCAAUAGUCGAGAACUCGAUUUUACUAGUAAGUAUAAAGAAUCUCGACCAACUCUAGUAAUAUUAAUAAUAUGAUAUUUGUGUCAAAUAAUUUAUCAAUAUAGUAUGAUUUUUUUUAUCACGAACUAUCGAAGAUCCAUGAACAUUUUGAGUAAACUUGAUUUUAUUUUACCAGGCAUUUUACAAUAUUAUUUGCGAAAUUAUCGACAUUUUACCGUUAUUAUUGUGAAACAUUUUCACCACUUAGUUAUUGAUUUUUGAUUUAAUAUUUGUAUAAAAAAAAUAAUACGAAAAAUUUAAUAAUAUUAACCGUAUAAAUUUAGACUAUAAAUAUUAUAAAAAUGAAAAUUGCCAAAAUAAUUAGCCCUUUCUAUACCUAUAAUGACUUAAACUGAAAUUAAAUCAACUACAAAACAAGAUCCCAGACUCUGCGGUUAUUAACCUGGAAGUGAUCCAAGUCGUUGUUUUCCACUUCAACAACUUUGAUAAUUCAAUAUUUUUAACGUUGUAGUGGGUUCGAUUUAACGACGACACACUAUAUGCUAUAUGUAAAUAACAUUCGUAAUCCAGAAAAAACAACAGCAUUUAUUCCACAAAAUACGGUUACAGAAAAUAUUUUGAAUUUUUCUCAAAACGAGAGACUAUUGCAGCCAACUGUGCCCAGUUGCAAAUGUAUUAAAUAUUUUCUCCGCUAAUUUUAUACACUUUCGUCGGCAUUCUUUGGAUCAAGUGAGUUCAAAUUCGGGAAUUCAAGCUCUUUUAUAGGCUCACCGAAAUGGUACAAGUUGGGUAGAGUUUCAAUAUAUUCAAUAUAGAUUUUAUUGUGUUGUUGUUGAGGGUGUAUUUUAUAUUUGAAUACCCCUAAAUGACGGAGGAUGAAAUUUUGUAUAUGUAUGACAUUAGUUUAAAGGAUAUUACUUUUGAUAUUUCAACAUUUAUCGCAGUUUGAUUAAACACAUUUCGAAACAACCCAAUUUUUAUGAAAUUCAUAACAAUUUCAAUUUACAAAUAUACAAAAAUAAAUAAAUUCAUAGUGGCGAUUUUUUUCGGUCACUAUGUACAACACAAAAUAAAUUUCAUGUUCAAAUUUCGAAAACUUUUGUUGGACCAAAAUUGUCAUCUUAGUAAAGACAAAUUAAGUCAAAAUCAUAAAAUCCUUAUUUCACCAAUUACAAAAGAAAUGUUCUAUCAGAAACUUCCUUGAAGUUUAUGGUUAGGAUAAGAUGUCUGAAAGUGGUAUACAGCUAGGCAGAGAUAUUUCCAGUGGAGGGGGGAUGAAGGGGGAAGUCGUCUUCCCAUAUCUUGGAGCUUUUUAAAAAUGUAUUUAGUAUAUAUUUUUGAUUUGUUUGAAACGUUUUGAAAAUAAUGUGCUUUCUGUAAAAUUAUCAAAAUAAUAUUGGCUAUAUUGUUUUAAACUUGUAUCGUUUUGAUUAGGUAAACUGUUUUUGAACUCGUAUCGAAAUCUCUGAUACGAGUCGAUAUGUAUUACCCGUAAACUGCAUACAUGUAACUUUUGGAACACUCGGUUUUGAACCGAUACGUAUCGGAUACACACAGAUUCCUUCUAUACAAAUGUAUAUGAUAUUAAAUGGUAAAACGUAUGAUUUCCAAGUCGUUAACAAUUAUCAAUUUAUACAUUUAUUCUGUAUAGCGAUGCAUUAUUUGUUUUUAUUUAGCAUUAAUUUAUAUUCUACUUUAUUAUUUGCAAGAUUCGUUUAAGACGUUUGAUUAAUUUUGAUGAUAUAAAUUGAGUUUUAUACUUGCAUUUUAUAAGUAUUUCCCGAAAUUUUUACGAACAGAAUGACUAAAUCUUCUCAACAAAAACGAUAGAACGAAAAAUUGUGAUGCCCAACAAGCUCACUUCAUGGCUUGAACGCCAGAACAAGUGAACCCAUGGUGAAUGAUACAGUUAAAUGUAAAUAAUUGAUCUGUUUAUCGCUUUGAAAACUUCAAACGAAAAAUAGAUUUGUAGUUUAAUUUGUUAUUAUGCGCUACUCAAUUAUAUAAUACAUAUAUAUAGAUACGUAAUAUUAUUCACAUUUAUAAUUACAUUUUCCUGUUUUAACAUGUAGGAAAAAUAGUCCAACGCAUGGCCUCUUAAUACACGUUUAUUUUAAAGGUAAUUACAUAUUUCAUAUUAACUAUAAGUGAUUUAAAAUUAUAUACAAAGACCGAGUUCAAAUUUUAAAUUCCCCUCCCCCCUCUCUAUAGAUUUUUCUAUAAAAACCUCUUUUUACAGGCAGAAAAAUAUAAUAAAAAAACCAAUAAAUUUAUCAUUUAAGAUUAUAGAAAUAAUAAAUACAAAUUACCCAAAGCAUACGCAUUAUAAUAGUAUAGAUAUUUGCUAUGCGUUAUAAGGAAGUCGUCGGUUUACACCAGGUUCCCGGGGCUUUCACAGUAGACAAAUAUUCAUUAUACGCUUUUAAUUCAUCAAUUAUGCAAAAAAAGGAAUACGACCUAAAUAAAGUAUAACAUACAGACGAAUGAGUGAAAGUACACGCGAUCGCGUGUUGACGAGUUUAAAAUAAUAUUUCCCCACGUUUAAUUCAGCGUAACAUUUAUGUCGAAUCUAUCUUAUGCGAAUACUCAACUCAACCUAAUCUAAUCUAACGCGUUAGUUCAGGAAAAAAAAAAAAUGUAACACAUAAAGAACGCGAUGAUGGUGUACACUCAGUCCCGAGAGGUGAAUACGAGCAUUAGACUUGUGACAGAUAAAGGCGGGAUAGCUUAGUUUUAGUAAUUAAAAGUCUAAAAGUCUUGUUAAUCUAUAUGGAAAAAAAAUACUGCUCACGGGUAGACCACUGUUUCAGAUAGUAGAGAAAGUAGGAUACACGAGACAAUUUAUUUUAAGCAUGUUCAAAUUAAUAUUUGCAUAUGACGUGAAAAUUCGGAACAGUUUCAUUAACCGUAAAAAUAUUUUCUUCGAGAUAAAAAAACACAUUUUUCUAAAACAAAUAGAUUUUUCAUUAAAAUCGGUUUAUCGAAGAUAAAAAAAAAAAAAAAUAGAAGACCUGAUACUGGACACGGGUGCACUACUGUUAUAGAUGUGAAUUCGGGAACGUAGGAUAUAUAAAUUUGUUAAAUUCAUACCUGUAAGAAACGAUAAACCAUUGCUUACGUAAAACGACUCGGAACAAAGUUCGUUUGUACAUGUUUUAAUAGGUUAUAAUAUUUACGAUUUUUGACAAAAUUUGAUCUUAUAAUUCUUAUAAAAAUAAAAAAUCUACGUUACACUCAAGUUUUGUGUUCUGACCACUACGUAUGACAUAUUAAAAUGAACCUUCUAUCAAAUUGUUUAUUAUUUCUGUUUAGUCUAGCAGUUUAAUCCAUUGAGUAUCAACCAAAUACAUAUACAUAAAAAAAAAAACAGCAAAAUUAAAGUGUCUAUAAAUAGCUGAAAUAGUCUAGAUAAAGCAAAUAUGAAUUUUCUGCUAACAUUCCAAGUCACUACAAAUAUUUUUAAUUUAACUACAAUAAAAAAUAAAAUAAAAAAUAUUAAAAUAACUAUGUUCGUCAAUUUUCCCGAUUUUUCUACGAUUUUUUCCGAUUUUUCCAAUUAUGAUUAAAACUACUUGGGAAAUAAAAAAAAAAAUGUCUUUCUUUGUGAGCAUCUUAAUCCGAAAUGAAACAAAAAAGUUCUAUUGUCGUUUUUCUAUCGGAGUAUUAUUUUUAGUAAAAACAUUUAGUUCGUGUAAAUUCAAACCAAUGAAAUCGGUAACGCCUUCGCGUGCCAUAAAUAUUUUCCGUUUUACCCAUAAAAUGUUCUUUCAGGGUUUUUCUAUUUAUUUCAAAAACCCAUUGAAAAAUCAAUCGAUUCGUCGGAGCAGGAGUUCUGGUAGAACAUAUGUUCACUGACAGUAACAGAAAAAAAAAACACACGUAUUAUAUUAUAGAAAAACCAAUACGCUCCGAAUCUAAAACAAAAAAAAAAAACCAAUCGCGGCCGAAGGGAGUGCUAUGUUUUCGCGGUGAAAACGCGAUAAGCAUAGCGAAAACGGCGUGCGUUAACCGGAAGAAACGGUAACCGCGGUCCGACAAUAACCGUGACCGAAAUACGUUUGGCGAUUGUACGAGGUCUGAUAUAAUUUCGCGGUGACGUCAUAUCGGGUCACCGGGCCAGAGUAUAAAUGUGCCGGACGAACCGGUGGAAGCGUUCAGUUCGCUGACGGCCGCGUACGAGUUGUGUCAUUCGACGACCGCGUCGCACGACUGAAAUUUAAUGAUUAUAAACACUCCAAGAACCUUACGAUGUGUAUCUAUGCAUUUAUUUGACAAUAUUAAUGAGCCCGAGUACGAGUGAAAAUUUCGGAGAAAAAAAAAAAUUAUAAUAUUAUUCUACGCAUAGGAAAAUUCGUCGAUUUUUUUUUUUUAUAAUAAAAUUUAUCUUUGCAUUUUCUUAUGCCAUAGUAAUAUAUUAACGAAUAGUAAUUUUAAGAAAAAUGACUUAUUAGUAGACAAAUUUUUUUUUAUUUUUUUUGUAUUUUGAAAAUACUUUUUAAAUCAUCCAUACAAACCGAUUAAAAAUGCGAAAAUUACCAAAUUUACCUUUAAAUAGCUCUAAUAUUUUGAAUAUUAAUUCCGUAGUAUAACCUAUAAAGGAUUAAUAUAAGUAUCGACGAUUAUUUUCGACCUUAAUUAAUAUAAAAAAAAAAUAACAUUUUUUAACUAUUUAUCUGACAGAAAUGUUGUUUACAGAUACAUCGAAAAAACAUACGUCACAUUAUAGUAAAACCAAUACAUUCCCCGAUGCUUUCAUAAACUAACAUAAUAUUGAAAAUUACGAAAAAAACGUUUACGUUAAGUGUGAGGUAUUUUUAAUGCAACGAUAUGUAAUAUUUAGUCUACGCGCAUAGAACAGUAGAGCAGGUGUUUUCUUUUAUUAUUAUAAUAUGAUCAGUAUAGUAUGUACCGGUGUUUUUGUAAACCAAUUUUCUUAAAAAUUUAUUUUAUGUAUUUUUCCAGGCAUACUCCAAUAAUAAUUUGAUUUUCUCGGGUCUUUUUUUUUCUCUCAAUAUUAGUAUAUUUUUUGAAAAAAAAACAACAUUAACCUAACUUAAACAUAACUUGAACUUACGACUUGAAUUGAAAACACAAUGGGUUGAUGGGCCCCCUCCCGUUGACAAUAAAAUUCAUACGAUAUCUUUGUUAAAUAUGUAUAAAAGAAACCCAAAUCGUUUUAAUAUAAAAAAUGUUUUAUUUUUUUUCGUAUAUUCAUUAUUUUUCUUUAUGAAAUAGUAAGUACAUGAAUAAUUUAUGAAAAUAAAUUUAAAAAAAAGAGAAGAUCGACAAGUUUUUAUAAUAUUAUUAAAAUAAGGUUUUUCGGGAGUAAAUAUUUGCGCACUUAACGCAUACAUAAACAUCGUAUAAUACGACCGUGUUGUAUAUAAAACUUACCGAAAAAUUUAACUAGACUGUGCUAUCGAGACGACAGAAAAUAUACAGGGGCAUAUUAUUACUAUAACAACGAGAUUUUGAUUUUAUCCGUUUGCUGGGCGAUUUGUAGCGGACAACGUAAAACUUUGAACAAGCCAAUAAAGGCUUAUUUAUGGUAAUUCGCGUUUUCGCUGUUGGUACGGUCGUUUACAAAAAAACCGUCGUAUUAAACAAAUUGUUCUAUUUUGAAUUUUGUAUAUUAUGGCACCUCGUCAGUCGACACUGAUAUUUCUCUGGCUGUCUUAAUAUAACGGCAACAAAGGCACAAUCCGCAUUACACAAUCGCGACUCUCUGACCGAGGUUAUGGUAACAAGAGACCUACGCUUUUUAUAAAGAAGCGCACGGAAUAUGAAUCGAAAGAAUGAUUUCUAUUUUGAUUAUUUUACUUUUUCAUAUCGAGAUACGAGUAUUUUUUAUUUUAUCUCUUAACCUUUAAUCGUAUUAAAAAAAAAAAAAAACUAGGCCAUAAUACAAACUAAAUCAAAAAACCUAAUCUUCAAGUAAUCCGUUACAAUCAGCCGGUUCGAACACCUCAAAAAUAUCCAAUAUUUAUCGCGGAAUAUAAAAAUCUUAAUGCAAAGUAAAUCAUUUUAAACCCAUCACUGUUUCUUAUUCUUUUAUCUCAAAUUCCUGUGGGUGUCGUGGAUAAAUUUUUAAUUAAAAAUAGAAUACAAUUCUAUUUUAUAAUAAAAAUUUGUUUUUUCCUAAAAACCGACCGGAAUGUCGGAAUCUGCAGAAUCGCCAAAGGUCAUUGUUAUUAAACUACGCACUAGAUAGACGGAUUAAACACAAUUUUUCAGUGGCAGAGGGUCCCGUUUCAAUAUAAUAGGAUUGUCUGUAGAUUUGACCAAAUUUUAAAAUUUUUUUGUAGUAUUAUUUUAGAUUCUGAGUGGAGCGAGGAAUGUAUCGGUUUUAUAAUGAUGUUUAUUUUUCUAUGUAAACACUUAUUUCUACCAGAAAGCAUACUCCGAUAAAUCAAAUAUAUCACCUUUUCUGAAAGUAAAUGCUUUUUAGGUGAUACUUUUAAGAGGUCAUUUUUUGAAAUUCUCAUUAAUAUUCGAGAGAAUAAGAAAAACUUCGGUCUUUAAGUUAAACAAGAUUGAAAGAUUAAAAAUAAGGUUGUCAUUGGCAACCGUUUUUAUUUAGUUUUUAGUAUUAUUAAGUUUUUAUUAAUUUAAAAUAUUUUUUAAACAAUUAUUGUCGUCAUAAAAACGCACAUUUAUGUAACCAUUUUGUGAUAAUAUGACAUAUUAAAUAUUGUUGUCAAAGCAGCUUUCUAUUCAGCAGCUAUUCUGAGUUAUCAAUUGAAAUCCGCUCAGAAUUAUUUUUUCGUUAACAAUGGUUUAUCGUCGCUUACAGAUAUUUAUAUAUAUAUAUGUUAAAUUCCUGUCUGUAUCCCACCUUCCCAACUUCCCACUUACAUCAGUGGCUACUCCCACGUGUGAAAAAUAUCCGUCUUUUUAAUAUUUUGUUUCCACAGACUAUACAAAAUUCCAGUCCACGAGCAUUACUUUUAAACGAUUAACGCGAUUAAGUGCAUUUUAUUAUAUUUUGAUGAUUCGAGUUGAACGAAAAACGGCAUAUUGGUAAACCGUCAGUAUGAACUGACGAAUAAAUAAGUUCCCGUGUGGUCCAUAGAACAAAAAUCGAUAUUGACAAAUUUAUAAGCCGCUAAACGCAAACGACUGCGUGAAGAAAACAACACGAUUCCCAAGUGACGAUUUAACAACCGUAUGCAUAUUGUUACAUUUCGUGGCUAAUCAAUUUCGGCUGAAAACCGAUACGUAUUCUCCUUAUCAAUUAUAUUAUAGGGCUUUAAAAUUUGUUUGGUAUUGCAUUCUGAUGAUAUUUUACACCGUCGUGCGUGCGGUGUAAAUAAAACCAUUGCAUUAUUCGCCUGAACACGAUUAUUUUGUAUUUUUUUAAUACGCUAGCGGUAAACAAAUUUUAGUACACCCGUAUAAAAUAUGCGCGGUAAACGAUUUUGCUGGUACGUGACAAUUUUUAUAUUGUAAAAAAACAGUAAUAAUUUCGAUGAAAGGGCCCGAACGAAAUUUUCAAGCGAAAAAAGUUUUACGGUUAAUAAAAUUAGAUAUAGGUACGUAAUUUGCGUAUGUAAACAGUGCGUCGUUUCGUAGCGUUAAAAAGGCUUUAUUUAUUGAAUUAUUACAUUUUAAUGAAAAAUCAUACCUUUUAAAACAUGUGUAUCCAAACUUCGCUCCGAAUGAUUUUUAAAUAGCAAUGAUUAAUCAUUGAAUACAGAUAUACAUUAAAUUUCCCUCUAUAUCCAACCUUCCCAAUUUUCACCUAAAAUAUUGGCCCACUGAUCGUGCGAAAUAUGUACAUUUUCUUUUUAUCAACUUUACAACGAAAUUCAAAUGGCUCUUCAUUUGUUUGACGUGGACACGAUUAUAACCACAGAUAGUAAUAACUCCCCUAAAAGAAACUUUUGAUUUUGUCUUACAAAUUCGUUUGUUAUAUACAGAUAUAAUUUCACAUAUUAUAUUAUAAAUAAAUUAUUGUUUUUUUUUUUUUUUUUUUUACCAAAAUUAUUUUAAAUUCUGUGUGUAGGGAUUACGGUUUUUUUUUUCGAAUAUGUAUUUUUUUUCUCACUAUUUCGGUUAGUAAAAAAUGUUCCGAGCUUUUCACCUGCAGCAUUUAUUAAAACAUGCUAAAUUUCUGUUUAGUGGUGUUUUAUUUGAACAAUUUUUCUACAAAAAAAAAAAUAUAAAAAUCGCUAAAAUAACAAUGCAUGACAUUUUUAUGUUUGAGUUACGUUGGCUGUGAUGGGAAAAAACACAUACAUCUAUUUCCGUAGUUCUCCGAGCUCAUUUUUCGAUCUCUCAAUGAUUUAUCGUCGCUGUCAGUAUACAAAAUUAAUGGUGAUCUAUGUGGCUACACACGAUUUUUUGAAAAGGGUUGAAUUUUUUCGUAAUUUUUUGUGUUAUAAUUAAAAUAAUUGCAUUACAUUUAAUUAUGCUUUUAACCGCCGUUAUGACUAUAACGGCAGGUAGUUAAUAAUGAUAAUUAGUACCCGUCUGACUAGUAUUUUGAUCAUCUUUUUCAUGUGAUAUUAAUUGCGCACCCGUUUCGCGCGUAUAAAAUAAUCACUCAAUUCGACGGCGUAAAUUAUAUUUACUAUAAUAAACUGUAUAAAUACGACUAAAUCACGCGACGCUUUUUAAAAAAAAAAACCAAUGAUUUCAGUAAACGGAUAACUCGUAAUUUAUUGUUUACGGGGGAGGAUGCAUUUGAAACAUAGUUAUUUUUAUACCGUCUUAAAUUUCGGUUUCCGGUGUUUCGGAGAAAAAGUGUAAUAACUAACAAAACUACCUAUAUAGUUGAUACAUAUACCUAAUUUUUUUUUAAUAUUAUUAUUUUUUUUUUUAUCAAGGACGUCUGCUCGUACGCGUCGGAAAGGUAGAAAGUGUAAUACCGAGAAACGAAAACGAAGUUGAAGGCCAAAUUCUAACCUAACCGCAACACUCCUUACGCUAUAUAAUAUUACGUAGAUAGUUUUAAUACCAUUACGAAUUCCCGUACGUUUUCGGGUCGUAUAUGGUGUAUACUUCUAUAUGUAAUGCAUACAAAUAAUUAUAACAUCACUAGUUGUCCCGCGCGGCUUUGAUCGGUGUCAGUAUUGAACGACGAAAAAAAAAAAAAGUGUAUUCAAGCGAUUCUCCGUAUUUCCAUCCCCGUGCACUCUGAUUUUAUGACGAUUAUUACGGCCCCUACACCGACUACCGCGGUGUAAUCCGUUUAUUCGUCACACUUUUUUUUUUUGUUUUUUGUUUCAUCCGUACCGCCCACCAUAGAUCAAUACAAAUAAUUCGAUUUUUUUCGUACCGAAAAUACCAGUAAUAACCAACUGUGACAGCCUUCCUUUAGGGGUUGAAUUUCGGGUGGAAGGAAAGUGGCCUGUAUUACGUUAUUCCUGGUCUGGAACUUUCGCGUUUAUAACAUCAUUAUACAUACCUAUUAUAAUAGGAUUAGUGGUAUUAGGUAACACUCGGCAAAUCGAAAGUAUCUUACGCACAUGUUCGUAUAGCUAGGACUCGACAGGGCUGACUCAAGCAUCUCAAAAGCGGACGAACAGUUCAGAAUUUACACGUGCAUAGAACGGGAAUUUAUGUGAGAACGAAAACGUCGAUACAUUUGGGCUCUGGUUCAUUAAUUCGUAGUUCGUAACUGUUAACAUUUUGAUUUUACUACGAUGUGUGCUAUGCAUUUUCUUUUUUUGCAGAACACCACUAUUCCACCAGUAAUCUUACUCCAAUCAAACAAAUUUACAGCAAUUUUUUUUUUACGAAAUUUAGUCUAGUUUGAUGCGCAUGUAUUUUCUUUAUAAAUGGGAGAAAACCGGAAAAAAAAACGUCGAAAAAAUGGAAAAUUUACACGAUAUUACGCUCCCUGUAUUAUUCUCAAUUUCCGUUUAUUGUUAUAUUUAUUGUAAUUCUGUUGAACAUUUCAUGUUCUGGUUUGGAAAAAUGUUUGUUGGGUUUUAUGUGGAUAAAAUUGUUUUAGCCAGCAAUUUAUUACAAAGCUCAACAAAAUCGUUUCACAAUUAGUGAUAAAAAAAAAAAAAAAACAAUGUUGUAGUUUUUUUUUUUUAAAUAUUUUAAGUUAAAAUUUCGAUGAAAACCGUAUUCAAAACAAUUAGCUUAACCGAACUUCGUUCAGAAUCGUUUUCGUUAGUAAUGAUUUAACUUUGCGUAUGGAUUAAAUAAUACUGUUUUAAGUAAAUUUGUUUGUUUGCUCAGAAAACUUGAGAUUAUCGAGCGGUUAGGUGCAAAAUAAACCGUCGGUUUCUCGGGUGAUACGACUAAUAAAGAAAAAAAAAAUCACUUCAGUGCAAUAAACUAAGUAAGUUAAGGUGACCAAAUAUGGUGUGCUUCAAAACGAUGAAAUCGGUACUAGGAACCUAUGGUACGAUAGCGAUGUGUGCAGUUUAUGGCGAUUCGCGACUUCACGGCUCGGCGGAGUUUAUGCGCGUCGGUCGCGUGCACUUAUGCGAUCCUGGUACGAGAGACUCGUAUUUCCUGUUGUAACGCUUGCGCCGAAAACAUUUAUACAAAAAAAAAUUAUAUACCUACUCGGACGGUUUUAAAGAAAUAAAUUCUAUUUACUAGCGGGGACUUGAGUCCCGUACCUGAGUGUAGGGGGCAAAAUUAGCAAUUGCCCCUCUCCUGUGUGCCAUAUAACGUUACAUCAUUUAUUAAUUCCUAAUUUUGACGAAAAAUGUAUUCUAUUGUCAAUUAAUAAUUUAAUGUUUCAUCUCCCUUUCCCCCCUAUUUCGCCGUUUUUCGAUUAUUUAUAGUGUUUCGCGAGCAUACGAGGAAUACAAACAAUCACAAAUCAUAAUAAUAUAUUAUAGAGUAAAACCGCUCAGCUCAGAAUCAAAAAAAAAAAAAAAAAACAUGUACAUAAAUCGCACAACGUGUGGGCCACUGUUGUAGAUGAGAAGUUGGGAAGAUGGAGGAUAAAUGUAAUGUAUAUUUAUACGCAUCGAUUAUCCAAUGUUAGCGAAAAGCGAUUCUGAGCGGAUUUCGGUGAAUAGUAUUGUUUUUUCAAUAACGUAUAUCUAAUAUAUGUAUGCAUAUUAUGUAUUAUGUUAAAUAUAAUACAUUUCGUUGAACAUCUUAAGAGGACGUUAUACUCGCAUCUACCGUCUCAAUUCAGAUAACAUACAUAAACAAUGCUUACGCAGAGUAAGUUAAACUAGCUUGAUUUUGAUUUUGAACACUUGAAAAUCGGAUAAAAAUUUAUGGUAGAAAAUUUGUCCGCAGAAAAAAAAUAAAAUAAACAUCAUUGUAAAACCAAUACAUUCCUCACUCCAUUAAGAAUCUAAAAUCUAAAAGGGCCUGACUGUUCAAGUCAUGUAAAUGAUCAGUCUCUUACGAAAAAUCAAUCAUGUUAGAAUUCGUCGGUCUUGUAGAAAUUAAAAGAAACUCAGGGGGCCAGUUUAAAUACCGCAUAAAAUAGCAGUAGCAUAUUUAAUAGCACCGCGUAGUGCCAUUGGCAGUUACACGCUAAUAAACGAAUUCAAAAAUAGCCUAUUAUAAUUCCUUCGUAUUACUAUCAUUGCUGUUGUGUUUCGGGAUAAAGACUGUUCGUGUCUUAUCAAUAAACCGUUGUUGUCUACCCUAUAUGAUAGCUGCUAUCACAAAUAGUCGUUAUUGUCACUAGUUGGUGCCACUGUAACUGGUACUACUUAGUAGCAGUGUCGCGUAAAACAUGUCAUAAAAAAAUAGUGAUAUAUAUGCUGAUAUUUCACAGCUAUUUUCGGUUUUAGGUUAUCAGUUUGCUAUUUAUUUCGUUAGCAGGUUACGCUGCUCGUCUUUAACACGGUAUAUUAUGACAAUUUCGAAUUCUUGAAUGAUCGUGUAGCAAGUUAUUGUCGCGCGAACGACGUAACAAUGUAGUACUCGCACGGAGAAAGGUUUGACGGCGAACAUUCCGACGAUUGAUCAAUAAACAGAUAAACACAUUUCGUUAAAAAAAGAUUAUUCAUUUUAGAUAUGAUAAUAAAAUAUUCGGUUUCUUUUAUACAUAAUAGCAUAAUAUCAUUAUAAUAAGAAAAAACAAACAAAAACCGACAACCGUCGAAAGUGUGUGUGCCGUGUACGAAAUAAAAUAUAACGUUCGCCGUUCGUUGUAAAUUCUCCAAAUUAAACGUGAUAUAAUAGCUCGGCGUAAGAUGUUUUUUUUUUUUUUUUUUUUUUACUGAGAUUCAAUCGAGAGCGAAGAUUUAAUUAACAAAACUAAAAAUCUGUAAGAGUGUUUAUUUAUUUUCUACUCUCCGUUCUAGGAACCGUAUUAUUUAUUUAUUUUUUAACGUACGUACCUAUUAACGUGUGCAUAAAUUAUCUUCCCGACAGGCGUACUGCAAAUGAAUAAUAAAUUAUUGUGGUAUUCAUUAAUUUUUUUUUUUUUUUUUUUUUUUACGAUCACGACGACAGCGUUUUAUAAUACCGGGUCGUUUAAGUACCGAAAUUGCGUAAUAAAACGUCAAUACUACCGUAUCGUUUAUAAUAACAGCAAACCGAAUCGUUUGUUUGUGUGUGUGUUUUUUUUUUUUUAAACACGCAUGUAAUUGAAACGAAAUUCAAUUUAAAUGUUAAUAUGAGGGCAUCGCGGUAACAUUUUGCCAUCUCCGUCUUUCUAAAGGGCCAAUAUACAGGAAGAUCUGCUAUACGAAAUCACUUUUAUUCCGUUCGAUAUUUUUAAGUUUUCUUUUUUCUGGUACCAACCAUGUAGACCUAUAUUCCGAUUUUUAUAAUUCCUUUAUUAUUUUAUGAAUAUCACAAUACAUGUGGAUAACAGCCCUUUUCCAGUAGUCAAAUAAUAGUUUCGGUACUUAUAUAGUUGUCAGUUCCUAAGUAACCGCAUGGAUAGAUGUACAGAUUCGGAGCUAUUGAAUUGUCUCCCAAAUGCGGGUAAUCGACGAUUUUACGCAUUGAAUUGGUUCCCUAGGUUUAUUAAUUGAGUUGGUUUCCGCAGCAUUUAUUUUAUAAAUCCAUUGGUUACACAAUUUGUUUGAGAUGAUAAUUUAAUUUCAUAUUAAUCUAAUAAAAAAUACAAAUAUUAUAUUUUAUAAUUCAUUAAAACUGUGACCGUUUAAUGCGUAAUCGGACUAAUGAUUAGAUAAUUUGCAGAAGUUAUUCGGUACUGCGACGCUAUACAUAUUAAAGUCUCGUACUUUUUCAAUUUUAUGUAUUUUAAAGAACAACUUUAUAUUUUGACAACAACUUGUUCAAAAUUGUAUUGGAAAUCAAUUCAAUAUUCGGUUUUAUGGGAGCUAAUUCCUUGUCCGAUGAGGUACGCCACUUAAACUCGUGAACCAAUUCAAUGGUUGCCUGGCAGAUUGAUGUCUGCUUGGGAGAAAUCUAAACUUUGCAGUCCAUACCGAGGCUAUUACGCCGUCACAACGGCCCGUUUUGACACAACAGAAGUCGGUCCACCGGGAAAAUCUUGGUGUGUCCGGUGUGUCUGUCCGUUCUUAUCAAGUAGUCUGGAGAAAAUGCGGGACACACUUAUGAAAAUGACAGACAUGCUUCGCACGUAGGUGCAGCCACUGUUGUAGAUAGAAAGUUGGGAAGGUAGGAUAUAGACGGGAAUUUAAAGCAAAGAUAAUCCAAUUCUAAUGAGAAAACGAUUCUGAGGGGAAUUCAUUUAAUAGUGUUGCGUCGUCAAUAAUAUAUAAGUAUAUCAUAUUAUGUUAAAUAAUUAUAUGUGAAUUUAACGUUUUUUUUUUUUUUAAAUAAUAAUAUUUUUAUAUAAAAAAAACUACUGGAAAAAUUAAAAAAAUGAUCACCUAAGUACAACUGCAGUCAGAUUUCCUUUCGGAAAAAGUGCUAUGCUUGUAAAUCGGAGCAAUAUUUCUGGUAGAAAAGUUGUUUACAGGUAAAAAAAAAAAAAAAAAAAAUGAAAAUAAACAUCACCUAACACCGUAAGUUUCUUCGCUCCACUCAGAAUCUAAUACGGUACCUAUUUUUUUUUUUUAUUUCAUUCGCAAAUCGAUCGUAAAUCCGUCCUAGUUAAAAGAAUAAUUAUUAAAUAACACUACGUUUUUGUACAACGCGGUAAAAGUACACUAAAAUAAUAAUUAACGUCCGGUAUAGUACUGAAAUUGGAAAGAACGAUUUAGCAAGUGGGCGGUAUACGGUAAUCAUCGAAUAUACGCUAAAAUGAGAAAUAUACUUACGUACACGGAACCGGUUCUGCGUACGCGUAGAAAAACCGUAACGGCCGGACGGCGUUAAACAAAUACGGUCUGUUGGAAGGGAUGCAACCGCAGUAACCGUACAACAUAAAUACGGCGAAUUUCGAGUGAACCUAAUCAUUAAGUUUCGAACGGCAAUCCACACAAGUUCAAAGCUAAAAUUUAAAAAAAACCGAAAAAAUGGCCGCCAAGGUACUGAGCAAUUUUGUUAAUUGACACGGUUGUGUAUUUUUCGUAAAUUUAAAUUGACUUUUACGGUUUAAUUUUAUUUCAGAUGAUCGUUUUCGCCGCCUGCGUGGCCACCGCUCUCGCCCAAUACGCCGCCCCUGCUUACCCGGCGCCCGCUUACUCGGCACCCAAAGCUUACGCUCCGGAGCCCUCGUACGCCCCGGCCCCGUACAAAUUCGAAUACAGCGUCAACGACCCGACCACUUACGACGUCCACAGCCAGUCCGAAUCCAGCGACGGUAACGGUUACGUCAAGGGAACCUACAGCCUGGUCGAACCCGACGGUUCCACCCGCGUCGUCGAAUACACCGCCGACGAUCACAGCGGUUUCAACGCCGAAGUCAAGAAGAUCGAAGGAUCCGGAUACAAGGCCCCGUACAGCGCUCCGGCCCCAGCCUACAAAGCCGCCCCGGCUCCAGCCUACAAAGCCGCCCCGGCCUAUAAACCAGCUUACCCAGCAGCACCAGCAGCUUACCAAGCACCAGCAGCUUACCCGGCCCCAGCAGCUUACCCAGCCCCAUCUUACUCGGCUCCGGCUUACAAACCAGCCUACAAACCAGCUUCUUACGCGGCUCCGUCAUACUCAGCCCCGGCCUACAAACCGGCUUCCUACUCGGCUCCGUCGUACUCCGCACCGGCCUACAAACCGGCUUCCUACUCAGCCCCGUCAUACUCCGCACCGGCCUACAAACCAGCCCCAUACAAGGCAUACUAACUGUAGUACCGAUCAAACCCUCCGCCUUUUACCAUUGAGCUUUCCGUUAUAGGAACACGCUCGUCUUUCCUAAGACAUAUUAUGUAAUAACGUGUACCGUGUCUGAUUUUUAAAUAAAUUAUUACGAAACAUUUUUCGAUCCGAAAUUUAAAAUUUGUACUUUAUUCAGCGGAAUCGAUUUCGUUUCCUAAGCGUGGUCCACAUAACGAUAUUACGAAUGUAAGAAUAUGUUAUUUUACGAUGGGUUAUAUUUUAUUAAUAUUUCGUGUACCAUCGGCACUUCAGUUGGAUAACUAUUUUCAAAAACACUUUGUAAGUAGUUUGCAUUGCGUCUAUCGCGGAGACGACAUAUGUAUGACGAUAGUAGAGCGAUAGUAAAAGACUUGAUUUUAGAGUGAAUCUCGAUAGAAACUUCUGUGAAAUUUCCACACGAAAGUGAAUUGAAUUCAAACGAUUGUAUGUGUUCACACGGUGACAAUUGUUGUUGUACUCGGGAUAGUUAUUUUUAACCGACGUACGUAUACGAUAGCGUGACAUUUGCUUUGACGAUUGCUCCUAUCGUCCUUCCAACACUACGGACAUUUAUAAUGUCGUGGUAUUGCGUCAAGCGUAAUAUUUUGAUAAAUAUACCACAUGCGGUCGAUUUAAUGACGCAAAAAAAAGCACGUUGAUAAAAUAACACCGUGUUAUUAUUACUAAACAAUAAGUGCUUUAAAGCCAUAUUCGGACAGGCCACGAUGAAUCGCAUAAAAUAAUAUUCAGUUCUAAUGCAUCGAGUCGUAUAUGCGACUGUUAGUUUUAAUUGAAAAAUUGUUUCCGGGACAAAACGUUUUGCGUUGCGGUCGAAGUUAGAAGUCCGUUCGUGAAAUUCGUGGACAAUGCAAAUAUUGUAAUUUGAAUACUCUAAUUUGUCCUCGAUUAAUCGUGCUUGGUACAGCGCAAAUAUGUAUCGAACGGCGUUCAAUGUGUAACCCAUACCUACGUACACAUAUACGUUUUAUUGGUUCGAUACCGUGACUGACGAUGGGACAUCUAAUAUUUAUGAACCAAAUAUUCGCGUGUGAGAAAAACGGCCGCGGCCAAUUAUACGAACCGGUCGGUAAUCUCAACGACAAAUAAUCGAUCGCGCGUUAUGUAUUUGUAUGCACGACCGCUGAAUUCUUAACUGUAAUACAUAUUUCAAAAUCUAAAUUAUCGUCGAAAAUACGAAAAAAAAAAGUACGACAGAACACAAAAGUAAUAAUAGUUUUCUUGCCCGUGAUAAUCAAACAAUCAAUCCAUGUCACCUAGGCAACCCGUAAAUAAACAAUUGGAUACUCGUACCAAAUAUAUCUAAAAACCUCUAUUCCAUCCCCUUAGGCGUUGAGAAUUCUAAAAUCUUUUCUUAGCGGAUGCCUGCGUCACAAUAGCUAUCUGUAUGCCGAAUUCCAGCCCGACCCGUCCGGUGGUUUGCGCUGGACGAUGACGCAUCAGCCUGUGUCUGUCAAUCUGUCAGUUCGGGAAAUGUUAUUAUUCAUUAUAUUAUUACAUAAAGAAAUUGAAACAUUUUUUAAACAAAUCUACUAACGACCGGAAGUAUUGGCGUAGCAAAUAUCAAAAAUUGUACAAAUAAAACAAAUAGUUCCUUGUGAGUUUGCGAGUUGACGAUACGUCAUAAUGAUAACGAUAUUAUUGUCUGAUUAAUGAUUGUUCACUAAAGGCGUCUAAUAUACGCUGCAAUAGGAUUUUUUUGCCACGUCAUAGACACAGGUUCGCCAUAUCAUAACAAAUCCGGGGUUUUCGGUCGUUCAAGUGUUUAAACGUUUCUUCGCAAAAUUCAAUAUGAUUGAACACUACGCGUACAGACAUGCCAUUAUCCCAUACCUGUCAGAUGCCUGUUAAUUGCAGUUGAAUAUUUUUGUUGCUGACGACCUUAAAUCAUGUACGAUAUACGAUUCGACAUUUUAUUUGUACUUUCGAGUAAUUAAUUUUUUUUUUUUUUUUAAAUAUUUUCGUUUCUUAGUAAAUACAAUUUGAUACUAUUCAUUUUAUUUUAAAAAAAAAAAAAACAAAAAAAAAAAAUAGAUUCCAUGGGUUGUAUUGUAAUCGUAAAAUACGGUGAGGUGAUGUUUACAGGAAUCACUCAAUAAAAUAUCUCGGACCGAUGCUGCGUAUAGAUGAUAUAAGUGAUAUAUACCUGCUGGCGCAGGCGGAAUACGGAAUUAUAGUUCUACUUAUGACGAUUGGAAAGGACAACUUAAAUAAUUAUUAUUAUACUCGACGAACCCAUAAGGUCGUUGCGGUCGGGUAUAAUUGUAGAGGUCGUUUAUUAAACGUUAAAAUAUCGCUUUUCCAUCGAUAAGUGCCUACCAAGAAAUACGAAUUGUAUAUAAUUAUGUUCAAAUAGAUGUAUAGGUAAUAUUAUCGGACAAAUAUGACACGACAACUUCUCUGCGACGAAUCGAUCCCUAUUUUUUUAUUAUUAUUAUUUUUUUUUUUUUUCAAUAAAUGCAGUGACGAAACACAAAAAUGCACCAAUGAAAUAUUGUAUCACUGCAUCGGUAGCAUUAAAAUUCAAAAUCACGAAUCAUUAUCACUAUGGAUAAUGGAUGUAUAAACGAUAUAUACAUAAUAAUAAAUCAACAAUUUGUACAACCGUAGACGAAAACAGUUAAAUAUCGUAGUGAUUAAACAAUAAACAAUCAAUAAAUAUAUUACCAGUGACAUAUCCAAUUCAUAAACAAUAAAUACUCAUAAUCAGGUUUAGGUAGUCGAUAACGGUAAAUUCGAACAUUCCGUGUGACUUUUCACGGUGAUAAGAUAUUAUAACGUUGCAAUUAAAAUUAUAGAUAGUUAUUAGAGAUAUUACCAUAACGUUUAAUAACAUAUAUCGAAACAAAUAACCGUGAGGAACGUAGGAUAUAUACUUAGGCCGGUUUACGCACUAUCUGCAACCCGCAAUAACGUCGAGCCAGUUUUGAUAUGAUCGGAUCUAUAAUGAUCAGAUCAUUGCCGAAGUCAUUGCCGCUGCCUAUCGAUCUAACUGUAAGCAUAGCCCUUUCCCCCUUAAACCAUAUUAAUUUCUUGUCGUUGAAUAAUGUACUCGUAUAAUUUAUUGUAUCUAUUUCGUAAUUUUUAUUGCAAAAUACGCGGUGCACGUAUAUAUAUGUAUCGAUUUUCGUGUGCUAUCACCAACCUAUACCAAAUCGACAAAAAAUCAAUCGUGAUUUUACGAUUAUUUCUACUGCAACCAUAGGCUAAUACGUAUAAUUAUAUUAUUGUGUAUGGACACAUUGAUCAAUAGCUCGAACGAACGGUUGCAGAAUUCGUCAACUAACACCGCUCCCCCGAAAAAAUAGUCUGGUCUUGAUGAGUUGUGAAUCGCGUUCGCCGCCGCUGUCCACAACGAUACGUUAUAACAAAAGAAAACCGAUUCUGAGCGGCAUUCGGUUAAAUGUUUUGCGAUAGAUUAAAAUUGAUUGCUGUGUUAAUUUGUAAAUACAAAAAAAAAAAUUGGUCAUUCGUGUUUUUAACGAAUUUUAAUAUAAAUUUGAAUUCAAAACGCUGACGAAAACAAAUUAAAACAUUUGUGUCUGGGCAAAACUAAACAAUUACUCGACAAAGUCAAAUAGCUAUUAUGAAUAACUUAAAAAAGAUAAUAUAUUUUGAAGUUGUACUAUUGUAUAGAAAAUAUUACAAUUAGAGGUAUUCGGUGAAAAUGUCAAAUAUCUGCGAGUUUCUGAUCUGUUGAAUUACAGUAGAGAAAAAAAAUAACACAAAAAGUUAUUGCUAUUAAUAUCUAUUCCCGGUUUUUUGAAGUUUUUCCCAGUGAAUCCCAAUUAUUCGGAAAACAACGAAGAGAAACGAAAUUUCGCCUUCUAAAUGCACCAAUUAGAGAACACGGGAACAUUGUGGUAGAUGGUCUACCACAAUGCUCCCAUUUUCUGGUCGAAAAGUUGUUGACGGACAUGAGGAAAAUAUACAUAAAAAAAAAGCACGCGUCGUAGCACAACCAAUACGUUCCACACUUCGUUCAGUAAUAUCAAUUCGCACACAUUAGGUACUUACUUUUUUACAAACAUGUAAAACCGGUCCACUUCUAAGUCUGGAUAGGAAGAUAAUUUAGAGUGGACCAUCAUUUUUGAGGUAGCACGGCACGCGGCCUUUUAGUCACGAUCCACGCUACACUUUUACUACCGAAAAUCAAAAUCGGAAAAACUCGUCAACGGGUUGACGGAAAUCAAACGUUUCAAUACCAGACCGUAUUUCGACUUGUACUCCGAAUGUUUAUGGGAUUUCCAAUAUGGGUGGCCGAGUGAAAAUCGAAAGCGGGUAGGUAUUCGUUUCACCCGCGAAAACGAGGGCGAACGAAAAUAACGGUAAAGUUACGUUUCUGAGCCUGUAGAGCAUUUACUCAAACGUCGUAGAGAAAUUCGAAGAGAGGACACGCAGCUUGUUCGCUUUAUAAACGGAACGCCGGGCAGUAUAAACGUAUUCAUAUUUUAUCGUAUCUAAUGCAAACGGCACACGAGUAGGCGGUUAUUGAUACGUUACACGUACAUAAUUAGUGUAGAUCGAAUAUCAGGAAAAGACGUUUUUUAGCACGGUAAAAGUAGUGUUGUAUCGAAACUCGGAACGGACAAAAUGUACGCGCGCUCGUCUUGAGGUGACUAAUUUAGUAAAGGGCGGUAACCGCUGCGGGCGGUGUACGCCGCCGCGACGAAUACCGGCCUGUACAAAAAUGUAUCACGAGCAUUAAAAUACAAUUUUAUCCGGCCCGUUGCGAUGAAUCACGGCGGUGACGUUUAAGAAUAAUAGUGCGCAAAAAUUGGAAGGGAAAUGAGGUAUCAACGAGGCGCGUACGACAUAAAUACGGGAGCCGAAACGCGAACGGUAUCAGUGAGUCGUGGUCGCAGACGUACGAACGACCGGGGAAAAAAAAGGAAAACAUUUCAAUAAAACCAAAACAAAAAUGGCUGCCAAGGUAUGCAUCAGACGUUUUGUCUCGUAAUUUUCCCUAAAUUUACCCGUCGCCGUUCGCGUUCACGCGUUAAAUGUUCGCAAAUUACAAAAUAUAAGAAUCGAAUUCUUUUGGUUUCGGUUUUCUCCGUUUAAUUUUGACCGUUUUGUUUUUUUUUCUUUCAGAUGAUCGUUUUCGCCGCCUGCGUGGCCACGGCGCUCGCCCAAUACGCCGCCCCUGCUUACCCGGCGCCCGCUUACUCGGCACCCAAGGCUUACGCCCCGGAGCCCGCGUACGCCCCGGCCCCGUACAGCUUCGAAUACAGCGUCAACGACCCGACCACUUACGACGUCCACAGCCAGUCCGAAUCCAGCGACGGUAACGGUUACGUCAAGGGAACCUACAGCCUGGUCGAACCCGACGGUUCCACCCGCGUCGUCGAAUACACCGCCGACGAUCACAGCGGUUUCAACGCCGAAGUCAAGAAGAUCGAAGGAUCCGGAUACAAGGCCCCGUACAGCGCCCCAGCCUCAGCCUACAAAGCCACCCCGGCCUACAAACCAGCCUAUCCAGCACCAGCAGCUUACCCAGCCCCAGAAGCCGCCUACCCGGCACCAGAAGCUUACCCGGCACCGGCUUACUCCGCUCCGGCUUACAAACCAGCCUACAAACCAGCUUCCUACGCUGCCCCGUCAUACUCCGCGCCGGCCUACAAACCGGCUUCCUACGCGGCGCCGUCAUACUCCGCGCCGGCCUACAAACCGGCUUCCUACCCGGCCCCGUCGUACUCCGCUCCGGCCUACAAACCGGCUUCCUACCCGGCUCCGUCGUACUCCGCUCCGGCCUACAAACCGGCUUCCUACGCGGCCCCGUCGUACCCCGCCCCGGCCUACAAACCAGCCCCGUACAAGGCCUACUGA